CCGCGCCGCUGGGAGGGGCGAGGAGCGAGCGGGGGUCGGGGCCGGGCGGAGGGAGCGCCAUCCGGGCACCUCCUGGGCCGGGGGAGGGGCGCCGGGCCUGCCUGCCUGCCUUCCUGCCUCCUCCCCUCCGCCCGCCCGCCCCCCCGCCGGCCCAGGGGGGGCAGCAGCAGCAGCAGCAGCCGCGGGGUCGGCGGCCGGAGCCCCCUCCGCCCCCCGCGCCCCUCCGGCGCUGACCGCCAAGAGGAGGAGGAGCAGGAGGAGGACGAGGACCGGGAGCCGCUGCCUCCGGGCAGCAGCAGCAGCAGCGCCAGCGCUACGGGGACGCCGAGGAGGAGCCGCCGCCGCCGCCGCCGCUGCAGGCCAUGGCGGAGAACUUGCUGGACGGGCCGCCCAACGCCAAGCGGGCCAAGCUCAACUCGCCCGGCUUCUCCGCCGCCGACACCGCAGGUGAGCCCGGCCCCUCGGCUCCGCUGCUGCUGCCGGCCGGCUGGCCCCGCUUCUCCCGCCCGCUGCAGGCUUCCCUGGGCUCGGUCCGGGCGCAGAGCGGGGGCCCCGAUCCCUCUCUACCGCCGAGAAGCCUCCGAGGGAAGCGGGCGGGCGGGAAGCCGGGUCCCGGUUGGGCCGGGAAGGCCCGCUAGAGGCGAAGGGGGGGAGACACGCUGCGCCUCCCGGGCCCCCCGGGUCCCGCGCAGCAGCAGCAGCAGCAGCUCCGGGGAAGCGGAGACGGACCCUGGCCGGCCUCUCCCCUCGGGGAUCCCGCGCAGGUGCGCCUGGCAGCCGCGCACAUGGACUCCUCGGGUUCAGGGAUGAAAGGGAGGCGGAGUUUCCACGGGGGUCAGGAAUGGAUCGCCCUCGCUCUCCGCACAUCCCCCGGGAAGGGCUCAUUUGGUGGGGUUGCAGGUUCAAAGCGCCCCAGGGCCGAUCCGUCGCGGGGCUUUGGGAUACUGGGGCCCUGGGCUUCUUUUCCAGCAUGUUGAGCCUUCUGCUACCCAUUGAUGGGAAGUAACAUUGUGGCCAUGGAAGGAUGCUGAACAACGCUGUAUCCCUCGUCCCUUGGAAGUUUUCUGUCUGCACAAUGUUGCGCUCAUGUCAGUUCUGCUGUACAACUUCAAGGGCUGAGCAUUAAGCAUUAGGGACAAAAGGGGGCCUGGUGUUGGAAUACAUUUUGUGCUUUCAGGCAUUUGGAUGGAAUGCUGGCUUGCCUCAGGCUCUCCAGAUGUGUCAGGAGGGUUAUGGUAGAAGGAGCUUCAGGAGAUGGUUUCUCUGAUGAUAUGCAAGGUGCUGCAGCUCAUGAGAUGCCUGUUCUUGCAGUACUGAGCUUUCAGAUUAUUCAAUGUUUCCCCAAUUUGGACUAUAUUCCAAUAGCUAUUUAACUCAGUGGAACUCCUCCAUCAGAAAUGAACUUUGUCUCAAUGUUGGAGAGAGCUUGCUUGGCAAUGUGGCACCCCAGCUGUGGAAUGCCCUCCCUAGAGAGGUACACCUGAUGCCAACUUAGUUUUCUUUUAAGUGCCGGGCAGAAUAUUUUCUAUUUAUCCAGAUGUUUAAAAGCAUUUUCACUAUUGUGACUAUUUUAAAGUGUCUCAUCAGGUGGUGGCUUUGUAUCUUUAUUUUUGGUUUGCUUGUUUAUUGCUUUUAAGCUGUUUGAAAUAUCGGAUAAAAUGUUCCAUGUUAAUAUUUUAAACGGAUAAUUUGGGCUUGAAAUUAUGUAAAAAGAAAUAUUUACCUAGUUAAUGCCAUAUUGAAAUAAUGUGACAUUUCUGAGACCCUAGGACUGAAACUAUAUGCAUGCAUUGUACACCCCAAACUCAGUUAAGGAGUUGGUUCAUAUGUAGCGCUGCACCAUGGUUUGGUCCUGUACUCAUGUGUCCCACUGUCUGGUUUUCAGCAAACUCGUUUGCAUGUAACAGUAAGCUAAACGAUGGCUUAUUGGGACUGUGCAAAGGUGUUCGCUCCCUGAGUGGAGCUUGGACCCUUUUAUAGUCCCGUGCAGCAUUGGCAGCAAAGCCAAGGUAUGCCUUAGCACGUUGUUUGAACACAGGAUCAUAAUUAAGCUUUCUCUUCCUUAAACACCUUCUGCAGCAAAGAAAAAACCUCAGCUAUAAAUCAUGGUUAGGGAAGAGAGAGCUUAACUAUGGUGCUGGGUCCAGACAACAUGCUAAACCCUACCUUGGCUUAGUUGCCACUGCCAUGCUGGGCUGAGCUAAAAGGACCAGGGAGGAGCAAAGUGACUGGGAUCUCCUCUUUGGGAGCCUUGUGUUUGUGCUAAGCCACGGUCUGCCUUAGUGUUACAUGUGAACGUGGCCAUUAUUUUCAAACAGAGUUUGUGCAAGCCUUGGAAACUAGGCUUUGAAGUGGAUCUUCGAACCAAAAGUGGUGCUGAGUAUGGCUUGGUGAGAUUCUACUAAUAGGCUUCUACAUGGAAAGGGUGUUGCAGUAUCUGCUUCUAACAUACUUUCCCAUUAGCGAUGUACAGUACUGACAUAAACAUCAGAUUAGUUUUUCCUAAAUUUGUGUGUGCUGCUUCAUUCUUGAUUGCUCUUUGUUUUGUUAUGAUGUGGAAGGUACAUUAGUUCAUUCCACGUUUAACUCACCCUUCCUUCUAGACACUAAGGUAGGCACCCCCAAACUUGGCCCUCCAGAUGUUUUGGGACUACAAUUCCCAUCAUCCCUGACCACUGUUCCUGUGAGCUAGGGAUGGUGAGAGUUGUAGUUCCAAAACAUCUGGAGGGCUGAGUUUGGGGAUGCCUGCACUAAGGUGUUGACAGGUCCUCACUCUCAGUCUCUCUCAAGGCUAACAUAAAAUAUUUGAUUUGAUUUGAAUACUAUCUUGAAGCAGUUCUACUGUGGAAAAAAGUUCAUAAACCUCAUGCAUAUAGAAACUAGAUUUAAAAAGAGAGGAAAAGGUUUGACAGAUUGUUAUUUGCUUAAAGACUUUGCUUCCCAGUCAUACUUGAGUAGAGAUAGUUGAGAGGGCAAUGUUACAUUUCCCCCCUUGUUCCUGCAUGCACCUAAUUUACUGGUAUUUUGCUUCUUGCGUACAAGGUACUUUUGCGUUAUGCUAAAGUUAAGUCAUAUGGUGCCUUAUACAACAAUUUAAAACAUGUUUGGCUGCUCAGCAAAGUAUCAGAAUACAGAAGGGCUUCGCUUUUCUUUAGCAACUGCCUCUCAGUUAUUUGAACGGGGAAGCUGUAACAUGUAGGCAUAGUUGCACACAGCAGAACUUGUCUUGAGCAGGGUUGCUGAGCAGCUGCAUCAAGAAACAAAUCAACUGGGUGUGAAUGUUCUGUCUCUUACAUCAACCUCCUCUGUUCACCUUGCAGAUUUUGAGCCCCUGUUUGACUUGGAAAAUGAUCUUCCGGAUGAGCUGAUCCCUAAUGGAGAGUUGAGUCUCUUAAGCAGCAGUGGGAACCUUAUUCAAGAUGCAGCUUCCAAACACAAGCAACUUUCUGAACUUCUGAGGGGAGGCAGCGGCUCUUCUCUUAACCCGGGAAUUGGGGCCGUGAACUCCAGCAGUGCCGCCACGCCAGGAGUGAAUAACCAAGUCCAGGGGCAGCCGAGCGGCGUCACCAUUAGCAGCCUGGGCGUCCUGGGCAAGAACCCCUUAAGCCAGGCGGACGCUGCUGCCUCGAGUCUGGCCAAGCAGGCCGCCAGCACUUCUGGGCCUAGCACCCCAGCUGCUCCGGCCUUGAACUCCCAAGCCCAGAAACAAGUGGGGAUGGUGGCCAGCAGCCCAGCAGCCUCCCAGGCAGGAGCUGCGAUGUGCAUGAACACUGGCUUCAGCCAGGCUCACCCGGGUCUUCACAACAGUAACUCUGGCGGCCACACGUUAAUGAGCCAGGCCCAGCAAGGGCAAGGGCAGGUAAUGAAUGGAUCCCUUGGAGCAGCUGGAAGAGGACGAGGUGCCGGGAUGCAGUAUUCUACCCCCGCCAUGCAGGGAAAUGCAAGCAGCGUGCUGGCAGAGACCUUGACACAGGUGUCUCCUCAAAUGACAGGUCAUACGGGCCUGAACACAGCCCAGGCAGGAGCCAUGGCAAAAGUACGUGGCACUUACUUCAGUUGUUUUUGUUAUAGUGUCUCUUGAACUGAUCUUAUGGAUGCUAAAGUUGAAGAUGUUUGCUUCUGGCUUGGGUCUAACUGGUCUCCGUGUGCAGCUAUCAGAAUUCUUGUAGGAGUAAAUACGACAGAAUUCUUAUAAGCAGUCAAGGAAUUAGCUGGGCCAGUUAAAGUAUUGAUUCUUCGUGUUUAGUGAGGAGGAUAAUGUUAAAUCUUGCAAGUGUGCCUCUAUAACCUUACUUUUAAAUAUGUGCCCUUGUGUUACUGUUUCUCAAACACCGUUUUUCACAAGCAACAGUUGUUGACAGCUGCCAGAUAAGUCAGGUGCCACUUUUGUGGUACAGUCAAACCUCAGUUGUCAAACAUAAUCCAUUCCGAAGCUACGUCAGACGUUCGACUUCCAAAAGUAUUGGAAUAUUUUUUGGAAGUCAAACGUCCGACGUAGCUUCUACUUGAGUGCAGGAUGCUCCUGCAGCCAAUCGAAACCGUGCUUCGCUUGUCGAACAUUUCGGAAGCCAAAUAGGCUCUCGGAAUGGAUUAGGUUUGACACUUCCGGGUUUUCGGCGUUCGGGAGCCGAAACGUACAGUAAUGGAGGUGUUUGGGAGCUGAGGAUUGGCUGUACCUGGUAAACUUCAUUUUUCUUGGAACUGCACACUUAGGGUUGUAUCCAGCUAAGCUCUACUCAGAAUAGACCUUUAAAAAUUCAUGGAUUUAAGUUAAUCAUGUCCAUUGUUUUAAUGGGUCUUUCUUCUCUGAGUAGUACUAGCCUUGGAUACAGCUCUUAAUACUUUCAGGUAUUACAGUGUUGUAAAUAUUCAGUGUUAAGGAGCCCUUUAUUCUAUUGCUGUUCAGGAAAGGAAUUUUUUUUUGGACUUGAGCAUCUCUACUAAAUGCUGCCACCAGUUGCAGGGAAGAAGACAAUUGAACAGAAAGCAAACUUGUAUACCUGGGUGGAAUAAAGGGGAUUUUGUCAGGUACUCUAGACAAGCAAGAGCACCCCACUCCCAGAAAUGUUCUGAGGGUCAUAUCAUCACCUCAGCUUACUUUAAAUUAACAUUCAAUGUUAAGGUCUCCUAAUGUGCGAUUGGGAAGAGUCUGUGCGUAUUCGUUGUCAUCAUCUGGCUGUAGAGCAGGGAUGGGGGAAUCUUGUUCAACUUGAGGGCUGCAGUCCCCUGUAGAAGAUCUGCUGUGGGGGUACAUGCCAGUGGUAGAUGAGGCCAGAGGCAAAAAAGUUGGCAGAGCAAUGGCUAUGCAAUCUUUUCACAGUAGAGUGUAUUUCACCCUCACAAAGGGUUUUAUACGCACAAAGUAAAAGCACUUGAGGUAGAUGUGGCUCAGCGCAGGAGAAGGAUGGCCUGGGGAGAUCCCAAGGGCCAGGCAGAGAAGCAUGAAGGUCCCUGCUUCUGCUAUGGAUCACAGAUAUUUUACUGUGUUGGAUACCUUGUCUUCAGAGAAAUUGAAAGAUAGUUACAUGUACAUCUGCAACACUGAUUUGUACUUAAAACCCAGAAGCCAAAAUUAAUCUCUUCUCCGCCUCAAAACUUCUGAGGGUCAAGUACUGAAAAUGUAAUAGGUAUGAGUUUCUGUAUUCUAAUUCCAGGUGAUCACAGCUCAGAGGCAUUAGAAUUGGAGGGUCUGCGGUGAAUCACUGAAGUCUCACCUACCUUGAGGAGUUGCAUGCUCUUCCAUCUGUCCAUGGCAAAGCAGACUUCACUGCCUUUUGCUUUUCAUGCAAAAUGUGAAGUUUUGACUUCAGGAGAUAAAAUUAGUGGGGCAAAAGUGUGUGUGUGUGUGUGUGUGUGUGUGUAUAGAUGAGACCUUUUCUCCCUUUGGACCUGGAAGCUUGUAAUAGCUAUUGCCCAGUUGUGAAAACCUUGUUUUUGGAUGAGGAGCUGUAGAAGGUGGUGGAGAUUCACUCCAAGUGCCAUUGGACGUAGUGGAUUAUCUGGGUCCAUUUUCAUCCAGGUUCAGUGCUAGGUUUGAUCCUGAGACAGUCUUGCCAUGAUGAAUGACCAUUGUUGGGGGAGAAAUGGGAGAAGUGUGACCCUGUUUAUUCUCUCAGUGGCUUUGACCAUGUUAUCCUGCUGUGUUGUCUCUGAGAUGGAAGUCGUUGACAUUUUUUUCCCCACUGGUUCGCUGCUUUUAACAAAUAUGUAUUCUGGGGGUGCUUUUGCAUCCAACAUUGUUACUUACAGAUUCAGGUGGCCUUUUUCCAUUUUGAGGUGGUUCAAUGGCCAGGACUGUCCUAGGCAAGGAUAGUCUGGGGUCACAGUGAUCUGUGCUCUAGUAUCCUGACUGCAUUGCUGUGAUGUACUGCAGGGGUCAGCAAACUAUGGCCCUCAGGCCAGAUCAGGGCCUACCUGGGUCCGGCCCGCACUGCAAAGCUGGAACCCGCCGCAAAGCCGAGGCUCCCGGCGAUGGUGACAGGAGGAAGAGGCCGAGUGGCGGUGGCUCUGCCAAUCAAACGCUGUGCCUGGUUUACCUCAGUAAACCAGACACGGCAUUUGAUUGGCAGAGCUGCUGCUGCUCGGCCUCUUCCUCCCACUGCCACCGAUGCCCUGGUGCUCCUGUGGGCCAGAGAGCGGAACAGACGAGCUUGCUCUGCCUACCCACGAGAAGGUAAGCGCAGGGGGUGGGGAGGAGGACUACUUGCCCCCCUCGCCUCUUCUUCCAGCUCGCUCACACACACCCCGUUCUGCUUCUCCGGCCCGCCACAAGGUCUGAGGGACAAUGGACCAGCCCGCUGCUAAGAAAAAUUUGCCCACCCCUGAUGUAUUGUAUGUGGGGCUGCCCUUGAAGAUUGUCAGAAAACAUGAAUUACCUGUCAGAAUUUUAACUGGUAGACUCAACCCAAUUCUAAAAGAAUUAUGUUGACUGUCUACAGUGGUGCCUCGCAAGACGAAUGCCUCGCAAGACAAAAAACUCGCUAGACGAAAGGGUUUUUUGUUUUUUGAGCUGCUUCGCAAGACGAUUUUCCCUAUGGGCUUGCUUUGCAAGACGGAAACGUCUUGCAAGUUUGUUUCCUUUUCCUUAACACCGUUAAUACAGUUGCGACUUGACUUCAAGGAGCAACUCAUAGAACGCAGUGUGGUAGCCUUUUUUGAGGUUUUUAAAGACUUUGGUGAUUUUUGAAGCUUUUCCAAAACUUUCCCGACACCAUGCUUCGCAAGACGAAAAAAAUCGCAAGACGACAAAACUCGCGGAACAAAUUAAUUUCGUCUUGCAAGGCACCACUGUAUUUGCUUUCAAGCCCAAUCAGAAACACUGUUGCUUACCUUUAAGAAUCCUACAUGUCUUGGGAUCCAAAUACUUUAAGAAUUGCCUUUUCCAUAUGCCAGUCUGCCAGGUUCUUGGGAUCAUCAAAAGAGGCUCCUCUCUGUAUUCCACUGUUUGCAGAAGCUUGCUAUGUGGUGAUUUGGGAUAAACCCUUCUCCUUGUUGGUGCCUUGUCUGGAAUGACUGGACCAAACUUUGUUAUAACUAAAGUGGCAUGUUAAGACUGACACAUUUUCCCAAGCAUUUUAAGUUCGUGAACUUAAAAUGUUUUUAAGUUACAUUUAUUUGUUUUAAUGGUUGCAUUUUGUGUGUGUGUGUGUGUGUGUGUGUGUGUGUUGUAUGUUACAUUAUUUGCUUUUUUAUGUUCUGGUGUCUGUGUAGAUGAAGAGUUGGUUAUACAGUAAAUCGUUUAAAUUUAAAGAAGUAGCAUUGGUCAGCAGCUAGUUUUGCUGGCAGGCCACUGAAAUUGCAUGUGAUAAAGGACAAUAGACUUCCAUAGGUAUUGGAGAGAACUCCCGUGGACUCCAGACUGUGUACUUGAGUCUCACGGACAUUAUCUAUGUGGCAGAAAGCCAAGAUAUCAGUUGUCCUUUUUACUUGGGUUAAGGUUUUGCAGCUGUUGCCCCACCCAGAAAGGAUUUUAGGUAAUUUAGCUUGGUGUUCUUGUGAAUGGAAGUCAUAUUGGCUCCAAAUCCCUACCCGCAGUUAAUGCAGGCUUCCUCAACCUUGGCCCUUGAGAUGUUCUGAGACUACAAUUCUCACCAUCCCUGACCACUGGUCCUGCUAGCUAAGGAUCAUAGGAGUUGUAGGCCAAAAAACAUCUGGGGGGGCAAGGUUGAGGAAACAUGAGUUAAUGUCUCCAUGAAAUCUUUCAAUCACUAGUUUGUGGAGCUUGCCCCUUGGUUGCUGUAUGUUUCCCUUGUUGCUGAAGAGGUACAUCUAGCUUCUUCAGGGCCAUAGAAUUUUAAGUUGGAAGGGAUCCUGAUGGUUCUCUAGUCCACCUCCUGCAAUGCAGGAAUCUCAGCUAGGUCAUAAAUGACAAAUGACCACCCACCCUCUUCUCAAAAACCUCCAAGAAAGGAGUCCACAACCUUCCAAGGGAGACUGUUCCACUGUCGAACAGCUCUUACCAUUAGAAAGGUCUUCCUGAUGUUGAUUUGGAAUCUCCUUUCUUGCCACUUGAAGCCAUUUUAUGACAUUUUAUUAUGUUUUAUAUUUUGCUGGAAGCUGCCCAGGAAACCCAGCCACAUGGGCGGGGUAUAAGCAAUAAAAUUAUCAUUAUCAUUAUUGGUUCGAGUCCUACCCUCCAGAGCAGGAGGAAACAAGCUUGCUCCAUCUUCCAAGUGACAGCAUUUAGAUAUUUGAAGAAGACCCUCACAUCUCCUCUCAGCCUCCUCUUUUCCAGGCUAAACAUACCCAGCUCCUUCAACCUUUCCAGGCGCUUUAUCAUCUUGGUCACUCUCCUCUGCACACAUUUCAGCUUGUCAAUAUCCUCCUUAAAUUAUGGUGCGCAGAACUGGACACAGUACUCCUCCAGGUGUGGUUUGACCAAGGCACAAUGGAGUGGUACUAUUGCUUUCCUUGAUCGGGACACUAGACUUCUGUUGAUGCAGCCUAGAAUAGCAUGAGCUUUUUUGCUGCUGCAUCACACUGUUGACUCAUGUUCAGCUUGUGGUCUGCCUAGAUCUUUUUCACAUGUGCUACUGGCAAGCCAGGUGUCCCCCAUCUUCUAUUUGUGCAGCUGGUUAUUCCUGUCUGUGUAGAAUCUUACAUUUGUCUCUGCUGAAAUUAAUUUUCUUAGGUUGGGCCCUGUUCUCCAAUCUGUUACGGUCAUAUUGAAUCCCAAUUCUGUUUUCUGCUGCAUGAGCUACCUUUCCGAGUUUGGUGUCAUUUGCAAAUUGGAUGAGCAUCCCCUCAGUAUCUUCACCCAGGUUUAUAAAGACAUUGAACAACAACAGGCCCAGGCCAGAGCCCUGCAGCCAUGCAGUCCCCCACUUGUCCCUUUUCUCCAUGAUGACAAGGAAGCGUUAGUGAACCCAACUCUUUGGGUUGGGUCAGUCAACCAAUUAUAAAUCCACCUAACAGUUAUCGCAUCCAGGCCACAUUUUACCAUCUUGUCCGUAAGUAUAUCAUGGGGGAAUUUAUCAUAGGCCUUAUUGAAAUCAAGAUACACUGCAUCCACAGCAUUCCUUUGAUCCACCAAGCUUGUAACUCUAUAAAAAAUGAAUUGAGCCGUAGUAACCACAGCUGCAAGGUCAACUGCACUGGUUUUCCAACCUACGUUGUGGUCUUUAUAGUCCUGCACUGUUUCUACCUCUUUCUUUGAUUCACCUAGAAUCCUAGUUAUCCUACAACUUUGUUUUGGUCAAACUCAUUUAGAAGCUCUUCCUUCACUUUAGGCUGACUUAAGUUUCCGCAAGCAGGUUUAACGUUGAUACCUGUUUUCUAUUAUCCACAUUCUGUAUUUUUGCAGCAGUUUUGUUGUCAGUGUUCUAGUUACAGCCAUCUUGUACCUUUAACUUUCCAAAACUUCAGCCUUCCCCCUUUUCGUUUCUGACCCUACUUUGCAGUCUGUCUUUUUCUAUUAUUUUCACUUUCUGUAUUUCAAUGCCAGUAAUAUGCAAUAGCCAUGGUUUUCUUGACAUGGAUGGUGCUUCUUGGAAGCAUAAUACAGAUUUCUUUUAUUAACCGACAAACUUUGCUUACAAAAAAACUGGACUCUCCUCCCCCCCUUUUCAUUACAUUCAGUGGGAAUUAUAUUAAAGGAUUUUAGAUCUUUCCCAAACCGUUACCCACUUACUUUCAGCACAAGGUCUUGUUACAGGCUGAUCUGGUGUUCAAUGGCACCACCACUAAACUAGAGGACUCAGCAGAUAAGCUACCAGGAACUUCCAGAGAAGUGCGGGUUGAAACUGGGGAUGCGGACCAAACAUCUAGGCCUCUGCCUGAGAUGGUUGUCAACCGCUCUGCUCAGACUGUACCUUCCGCUGUCCACCACCACUGAAAUUGGGGUCAUAUCAUUGUAAGCCCCUAUGACACACACACCUGGGCAAAUCAUAACACCAUCACCCAGCACCGCUAAGCGCAGCACAGAGACGAGGGCCACAGAUGAUAAGCUAGCAACUAGCAGUAAGCACACCUUACACUGCCAUUUGGAAGACUGAAAUGCCUUCUCCACACUUCUCCCCUUACCUCCUGCUCCUCAGGAGGAACCCAUCAAAUGAAAUCCUAACUGUCCUGUAAAUCCCCCAAAUGGCAAUAUCCUUUGGUGUUAGCCUCUUUGGGGAUGACCUGACCACAGUCCAGCCCACUGCUGGUAAGAGAGUUCUUACUGCUCUUGCUUUGUUCACUCAGCCAGCAGUCAAAUCUGCAGCACUUUGCAGUCGGCCAGAAGACCCCUCUAACCUGCAGGCAAAUACUACGUGGGACAAGGCAGCCAAGCAACUGAUGCCGACAAAUACACUCACUCUCUCCCCGCCCUCCUCUUUCUCUGGCCGGGAGAGCAGGCAGGGGCCAGGAUAGUGCCAACCAGCCCCUGCUCCUUCAUCUUCCUGUGGGUCUGCUUCCAAGGAGGAGGGAAGGCAAAGUCUCUUCUUAUAGCCAAGGCCAGGUUCUGGACCAUGCCCACACUCCAGCUAGGUUCAUUCAGCCAGUGAUCAAACAGUGCCACAGAUAGCAUCCUUGCAAUUAUAAAAACAAGGAAAGCCAUUCUAAAUGGAGCAGAAUGGUACAAAUUCAGCAAAGCAACUCUUGAGGGCCAGGUCAAAGAGGUGCGUCUUCAGCAUGCUAUGGAAGCUGUACAGUGAAGGUGUUAGGAGCACCUCUGGGGGGAGGGAGUUCCACAGUUUAGAGGCUGCCACAAGGAAAGACCUCCCCCCGGAGUGCCAUUCCCCACACUUUUGAGGGUGGUGGAACUACCAAGAGACACAAACUGACCCACUCACACAGAAAGAGAUCUAAACACCCAUGAAGGUCGGUAGGGAUGGAGGUGGUCAGAUAUUUGGGGCACAAGUCAUGUAUUUUGUGUUUUUAUCUUUUAUCUUUAUGUUAUGAACCGCCCUGAAAUUUUCAGAUAAAGCAUGCUAUACAAAUUGAAUAAAUAAACAAUAGAAUAGAUAAAAUUUAGGGCUUUAAGCACUUGAAUUAGACAGUAUAGGGUGUAGGGGACCACUACAACUCCCAUCACUGGCAUUGGCUCAUGUGUGCUAGGGCUGAUGGGAGUUGUAAUUUGAAAUUGUGGCUUUCCUCAGGGUGUUGAGGGUGGGGUUAGAUGGAGGUACCUCUCUGCUCGUAAUGCAUAAUUGACUUUGAGAACUCUUUGCAACAAGUAGCUUAGAUGGACUAUAAGAAAAUGAUUGGACACAAUUGGUGAGUGCUUCAGAUGCAGCGCUCCUCUGGUCAGUGCCAGGAACAAACAGCAGGCCUGGGAGUUAGCCUUGUGCCCUCCUUGUGAGCUGCUCAGAGGUGUCUGGUCAGCCCCAGAAUGGGAAACAAGGCUGGUGUUGAUGGCCUUUGAUUAGAUGAGAUGCUGAGGUAGCUUUUGAUGUGGCCCAAUCCUCAACACUUGCAGGAGGGUGCAGUAAGUCUGAUGAUGUAAGGGGAUUGCAAAUAAAAUGACAAAAAGGAAGAGAGAACCUCAGAAAGGUAUGUCUCUUCCCACCCCAUAUGGGGGUGCACAUUCCAUGUUGCAGGCACGUGCUGCAACACACACACACCCCUUUCAGCAGAUGGUAGCAGACAGUGCAAUGAGGGCAAGGGCAGAGGCCAGCCUGGCUUUGUGGAACUGUGACCAGCAUUUAAAGGCAUGCCUUAACCUACACUGAAGCAACCGGAAGCAUGUUUUUAAUAAUUGCUAUUUAAUUCACAGCAAAAGUGCUGGGCUUUACAUUGACCGAGUUAGAGGUUUGUCUAAGCUUUGCCCUUUGAAUGUUGUCUUAAGGCAACUUGGUUCGAGAAUUACACAGGGAAGGGCUGCCACUCACUGGCAGAACAUGCUCUUUGCAUACAGAAGGUAUCACAGGCUCAGUUCCUGGCAGCAUUUCCAGUUAAAAAAGCAGGUGAUGGGAAAGACCCUGGAGGGCUGCGACUUGCCAGAGUAGACAGCCUUGGUCUUAGGUGUAAGGCAGCUUCUCAUGUAAAUCGUUGUAUUCAGGAGCCUUGCUUGUCCAGACUAGUCACUUGAAGCUCUGUGUGAAGACCAGGAGUCCCGUUCCUCUCCUGUCUCCAGCAGCUGCUUUCCAGAAGCAUGCAGCCCCCUAAUCCUGAAGGUGUGAGGUGUUGGGAGUGGAAAGUGAAUACAUAAACUCUAAUGCAAGCACACCAGCAGGGCCUGAAUACUGAAAAGGGGUAGAAAACUGACCACCUACAUUUUCAGAUGCACUGACAAUUUGUUCCAGGGAACAGGGCUAAAAAAAAUUGAGGCUCCAGAGUUGUUCUUUGGCACUGUCACUUUCCACAGUAGGACGCCUGGUAAUGCCUAACACUUUGUAGUUCUGCAUAGCAUUGUGCUCCCUCAGGACACAACUGAAUCAUGGCGUUCCUUUGCUACCAUUUGCUCCACUGGUGUCACAAAUGGCAGAGAGCCUCAACUGGAGGAAAAAUAUGCUGGUGUUAAAAAUGUACAUCCCAUCUGAUAAUGAAAAAAAUUGGUACAAGUUAAAAAUACUCCUAAAUGUUGUUGUCGUUUUGUCGUUUAGUCGUGUCCGACUCUUCGUAACCCCCCUGGACCAGAGCACGCCAGGCACUUCUGUCUUCCACUGCCUCCCGCAGUGGAAAUAGCAUCACCUUUAGAGGAAAGAGGCAGCCUCCUGGACCCUGGUUGGCUGGUCGACUCAGGGAGAGCAAAACAGCUGCCAUUCUGCCCCUUUGUGCAUCAUGCUGGCAGCCCUGCACUUACCUCUCCCAGCACUGAGGUUUCGGCAGUAGUCCCCCCCCCUUAUAAAUUUUGCAUAAUUACACUUGCAGAUGAGUAAUUGAUUAGUAAUUGAGGAACAAUGUAACUUUCAAGGUUGUUAGUAGAGCAUAAAGAUGAAAUAAGUCACGAUGGUAGAAAAAUAAGAUGAUGAAAUAAGUCACGAUGAUAGAAAAAGUUCAUAUCACUUAAAAUGAUGAAACUUACGAAGAGCAGUAGUCACUUGAAGCUCUGCUUGCACACAAAGUGCUUAGAAACUAUGGAGGCCACAAAAGUGAGGCUUGAGGGGCAGGAACUGGCCUGCCUACUUGCAGGAGCAGGGGCUUGCCAGUUCAAGCAUCAGAACUGCAAACUCUUAAGCAUUGCCUGUCAUAGUAGACAGAGAAGCUGCCAUUUGCUCUUCUGCUUUCCACUUCCAAUAUGUGAUUGGCCAUUGUGGCACGCUUCAAUCCUUGGGCCAUCACAAAGGACGCAGCCCUUACAAUUACGUGUUCUAAGCAGGAAUAAAAAGGUAACGGGCAAACAACUUCCUCUUUGUGGGUUGUGUGCUUAACACCAUGUUGAGUAGUAAAUCUCAUUUCUUCAAAAGAAAUAUUUGCAGUUUGUGGCUGGGGUAAAGCAAAACCAUACCUGUGGUUAGAUCGCUAACUCAUAAGAUAAAAAGGUAAAGGUACCCCUGCCUGUACGGGCCAGUCUUGACAGACUCUAGGGUUGUGCGCUCAUCUCAGUUUAGAGGCCGGAAGCCAGCGCUGUCCGCAGACACUUCCGGGUCACGUGGCCAGCGUGACAAGCUGCAUCUGGCGAGCCAGCGCAGCACACGGAACGCCAUUUACCUUCCCGCUAGUAAGCGGUCCCUAUUUAUCUGCUUACACCCGGGGGUGCUUUCGAACUGCUAGGUUGGCAGGCACUGGGACCGAGCAACGGGAGCACACCCCGCCACGGGGAUUCGAACCGCCGUCCUUUCGAUCGGCAAGUCCUAGGCGCUGUGGCUUUUACCCACAGCACCACCCGGGUCCAACUCAUAAGUUAGGGGUAGGUUAUUCAUUCAGCCAGCUGUACUUUUGUUCCUGAGACUCAGACAAAUAGAUGGCUUUCCUUACUGUCUAUACCCGCAUUUGGUUGACUUCAAGGCACUAAUGGUAAUCAUGUUGCUUUCAUUCCAGAUGGGAAUGGCCAGUAACCCAAAUCCCUUCGGGCAGCCAUUUAGUCAAGCUGGAGGGCAGCAGAUGGGAGGAGCGGCAGGAGUCAACUCUCCAUUACCAAAUAAGCCAGGCAUGGCAAAUAGCUUGUCUCCUUUUCCUUCAGACAUCAAGAGUGUUUCAGUUACCAGUGUGCCAAAUAUGGUGAGUUUUCUGCAGCUCACAAUUUUUCUCCAUAGUUCUUGUAUGCCUUCCAUUGACACAAACUUUCUAAGCUUGUAAAAAUUGCCCUGAAAAAGACAACUUCUUAUAUUCAGUAGAAAUUGUGUUGGAUCUGUCAUAUGACAUGGGGAAAUAGAGGCACCCGGAAUAGCCUGGAGUCACAGCAGUCAGUGUGAUAUUUUGGACCGUUUUACCAGACUGCCUGCUAAGAUGCACGUGCGCAGAUACUGUUUCUUAGCUGGAUAUUUGGCAUCCUUGUGCAGCAUUCAUUUCAGCAGUUUUCAGGAACAGCUCUGAUGGGUCGUGCUGCGGGAAUUUCAUCUGUUAGCAACUUUUCUGAAAGUAAGGAAGCUAAUGAGGAACAUUAAUUGUUAUGCAACUUUUUUGCUUGAAAAAAAUGGACAGUGGGAGACGUAUCUGUAAAUGAAAGGGGUGUUUUUCAAACGUAUAGUGCGUAUAAUUUCUUCAGUCUCUAUAUCAAGGAAGGAAUAUAUUUCUGUAGGGUUUUAUUUGCUCAUGUUUGGCAACUCAAAACACUUUUUGCUUCUGAAAAAAUUGAGGUAGGUGGCAGUGCAAGACCAUUCAGGAUUUGGAAACCUCAGAUUUUUAACCAUAAAUAUGAGUUGGAGUAAACUCUUGAAACAGUUUGCUAUGAUCUCUUCCUCUUCUAGCUGUCCCUUCUCAUCUUUCCUCCUGUCUUCCUUGCUUGAUGAAUUGACUACCCUGCUGUCCUCCUCUAAACUCUCCAGAUGUGCCCACCUCACCCUGUCCUGUUUUCUGGGUUGCCAUCUGUCCUUCCAUUAUUCUCCUUCACACAACCAGACCCUUUGCUCCUUUUCCCAGCCCGCCCCCCAGCCCCAUUUCAAAUGUGUCAAUACCUCCUCAAGAAACCAUCUCUUGGUCCUCCUUCCUCAUUUGGCGCAUGCUCCAUCUGCCAUGACUUUUCCUCCUCCAGCUUCACUCUCAGCCUCUAAAUCUGGUAUCUGCCCCCACCCUCAGCAUUCCCCUGCCUUCACAAAGACCACUGGCCCUCCACACUGCAAAAUCUAAAACCUCCUUGAUACUUCAAACACCUUUGAUACUUGAUCACUCUUCCCUACUUGAUCCCUUUUACACGUUAGGUUUCCACGAUUCUCCUCUUACUUAAGCAUUCUUUCAGUUUUUUGGUAGGCAUAAGCUCUUCCACUGCUUUUCUCCUCUUUCUAUUGGUAUCUCUGCACACACUGUCCCUGGGUGACCUUAGUAAACCCCAUGGCCUUUACAAAAAAAUAAUAAUUAAAAAAUUGUCCAGUAGCACCUUAGAGACCAACUAAGUUUGUUCUUGGUAUUAGUUUUCAUGUGCAUACACACUUUUUCAGGUGUAUUUGGGCACAGUUAGAGACCACAAAACAAACUGAUAAUGCAGCCCUAUAAAAUUAUUAAUUAAUUAAUUAAAUUUGUAUACCAUCCUAUACCUGCCGGUCUCAGGGCUGUUCGCAACAUUAGUGAGGAAAUGGCUGAGUGGGUCACAGCAUUAGUUUUAUUGAAAGAGAAUGGGGUUUAAUGACUGCAGGGCUAAAUUACAUGCUGCCAUUAAGAAUUUAAGCGACAUGGAAAAUGAAGAAUCAGCUGUGUUCAUUUUUAGUUUGAUAUCUGAAUAUUUCAUCCAGGGAUCAAUUCUCACAUGUACGUAUGUGUGUGUUAUUGAAUGGGAGCGAGUGGGUAAAAGACUUACUGAUAGUUUUUAAAAAUUUCAAUAAAUUUAUAUUUUUGUCAGAAGAAAAACGUGGUGGGGAAGGGACCUUAUAUUUUUCAUUGGUCUUCCGUUAUCUAACCUUGGUCUCUUUGUGUCUGUUCAGCACUCUGCUGCCAAAAUUAUUCCUCACCUCUCUGAUCACCUGACACCCCUCCAAAAAUCCCAUUCCCAGAUGCUGCUCCUCACGCUCCUUGUCUUGCCUUUAGAACCUUGCAUGGCCUUUCUCCAGCUCUGAUCUUUGCUCGCCCUUCUCCCUUGGGGCCACCAGUGCUUGGAUUUCCUCACGUGUUGCCACCUCUCGUCAUUUAAACGCUUCUUCAAGACACAUUUUCACCCCCUAGUUCCCAUGCGCUGUGUGUAAUCUUAAGCAUGUGCAGCUGGAAGAACCACAUAUUGCUUCCCUCUUUUCUCGUGCCUCCCCUUCCCCUUCCCCUUCCCCUGCCUCUUUUUCUCAAAUUUUAGAGGGUUUGCUUCUGAAGACAGAAUGGCCUGUCCUCCUGUACUCCCUGAAGCAGAGGUUCUCAACCUUUUUGAGUCAGUGUAUCCCUUGACCAACUACAUUCUUUUUGCAGCACCCCUGUGGGGCUUACGAUAGGGUUGCCAUAUUUCAAAAAGUGGAAAUCUGGACACAAAAGUUGUUGAGCGCUUUUUUGGCAAAGUUGUUGAGCUUUUUUCUCCUUUUUUAAUUUUUGAGCUGCUAUUUUAAAGGAAUUUCGCCAAAAUCUACACUUCCAACAUGGGUUACCAUACGUCCAGAUUUUCCCCAGACAUUUCAGCGAUUUCCACCCUGACACUGUUUCUGAUGGCUGUUUCCCGGCUAUGUCUGGGAAAUUCCAGGUGAAUGGCAACCCUAGCUUGGGAGCCCAGUUAUGUCACCCCAGAGCUGGCAGCCUCUUCUCCUCUCCCCUCUCCUUGGGAGUCCUCCAGUCAUCUGCUGCUGCUGCCCCUGGUCUCUGAGCUGCCCCCCAAAAGAGAGGGGCCUGAAAAGAGGAUGCCCCCAGCCUUACUGGUCCAGAGGAGAACAUGAGGCCCUCACCUUAUCUGGGGGGGCAGCAGUGGGCGUCACCAGGCCUACAUGGCAGAAAGGCUCCCCUUCAGCCUUGGGCACUCAGCUCCCAGGCAGACAGGCCUUGCACACAGCAAACACAAGAAAGGCCAGCGCACUGCCUGCUUGCCUGCCUGACCUCCCACUAGUCUGUCCAUUCCCAGCCCCAGGGGCUGGUGGACUGGCUGGGCUCCCUGGCCUUGCUUGCUUGCUCAGCUCCUGGCGACCAGCACCCCCUAGCCAGCCCCAGAGGCAGCACUCGCCUGCAGAGCUUGUCGCAGGGGCUGCUGCAAUAAACAACUGUGCAAGCCUCUGGGAAGCAGAGAUGCAAGAGGGCAUCAGAGGAAGGAGGGAAGGAAAGAGGGACAGAGGCCAGGGUGGCCCAUGGCACCCUUGACCAUCUUUCAAGGCACCCCAGGGUGCCACGACACACUAAUUGAAAACCACUGCUCUAAAGCAUUAGGCACACUGAUGGUGCUAUAUAUGAACAUAAAUGAUAUUUGAUGUUAAAUCCAGUGCUGCCAUCCAUGUCACAGAACAGCUUUUGAUUCAGCAGAAGGGCCUACUCUCAUAAGAGGAGGCAGUGUUCUUCACUUCCCCCUUCCUGAUCCAGCCCCGUACGCUUUCUCCUGCUGUUCUGCAGUGGCUCCCCAUUUGUGGAAUGCUCCCCCCAGGGAGGUUCUCCUGGCGCCUUCAUCGUACACCUUCAGGCGCCAGGUGGAAAGGUUCCUCUUUAACCAGGCCUUGGGCUGAUUGAUGCCCAGUGCCCUUCUAAAAUGUGUUGGGAAGGGCACAGCUUACUGGGUUGUGUUUGUUUUUAUUAUGUAUCUUGUGCUUUUAUAUUGUGUUUUUACAUUGUAACCACCCUGAGACCUGCAGGCAAAGGGCACUAUACUAAUUUAAUAAAUAAUUUAGCAAGUAAUAAUAAAAUAAAGGCCAAGGCCUGAGGCUUUCUGAGGCCUUAUAAAUGGUCCAAAUUCUGGCUGCUUGCAGGAGCCACCAAUCCUUAAAGCUUUCGAAGAUACUGGUGAGCAUUUUCCAAACCAAGGAGGAACCAGGUGCUGCUUUUGUAGAGUGAAGGAGAAAUGUUGGGGUUCCCUGCCUUGCUGUUCUUCCACUUGCUGAGAAGGCAGGAGCUGGAGGCCUCUAGCAGAGAAGAGCAAGCUGUCUCUCUGCACACUAGAGCCCCAGCAUUGGUGGGGCUGCUGGGCUUGGCAGCUUCCCCAUUGGGUCAUCCCCACCUUGGUCACGGGUUUUGGAUGUGUCUUCAGAAGUGAAGCGGAUGGGCUCCCUUCAGAAACUGCCUUGUGCAAAAGAAGGCGAUGUUGGGCCAGUCAGUACCUGCUGACCUGAGAGUGUUCUGUUCUCUAUACCUGCAGAACAUACUUAGCAAAGUCUGAGGAACAGUGCCUGCUUCUGUUAGGACACUUCUAUGCCAGCUAUUGUUGGCCCAGGAAAAGCACUGCAGUUUUUGUUUUAUAUCUCUAAUUCUUUGGGAUGGCAGCAACUUUCUCUUUGCUGAAUAAACAUGAAUGGUUUCCUGUUUCCCAAACUAAAAAUGAAAGCUUUUUAAAAUACCGGUUUUAAACUGACAAGUGUGAUCUGGAGAAGUGUGAAUUGACCUCCAAGUAUGUCUGAGGUGGUCCGCAUUGAACUGCUUGGAGUGCUAGUUAUGAUUUGGUGAUAAUUUAGCAAGAGAACAUACUGCCUGCUGAAAUAUUAUUAAAAAGGAAAGCAACAAAUGUGGAAGUAGACAACAACAGGUGCUUUCAGAUGGAGGCAAAGUAGCUUAAACUGUCAGUCAUUCUCAUCUAAUCUCAUGUGGAUGGCAACUGCAUUGAAAGGAGCGAGACUUGCAUGCAACAUGUUUAGAAUCAUGCAUACAUCUGGUUCACAGCACACCUCAGGAGUUCCCAUUGAAUUUAUUGGCACUUCUGAGUAUUUAUGUCCAGGGUAGAGUGCAUAGCUAUAAGUUCUCCCACAAAGUAAAUGCUAAAAAUUGCAUGGUGGAAUCUUAGUGGCUGUUAGUUGUGGCAAAUUAGUUUGAGAUGGUGAUCAAAUGGAUGCUCUUUAAUAAGAUUGCAUUGCAAGUUGUUCUGUCCUAAGUGAAGCUUCGUAAGGUGAUACAAAAAUGUUUUGUCUUUCUUUUUAGUCUCAAAUGCAAACCCAGGUACAGCAGGUGGGAAUUGUACCAACGCAGGCAAUGGCAGCCGGGCCAACAGCUGACCCUGAGAAACGCAAACUUAUUCAGCAACAGUUGGUUCUGCUACUUCAUGCUCACAAGUGUCAGAGACGAGAGCAAGCCAACGGAGAGGUGCGGCCAUGUGCCCUUCCCCACUGCCGAACCAUGAAAAAUGUCCUCAAUCAUAUGACACAUUGUCAAGCUGGAAAGGCCUGUCAAGGUAAGAGCAAGGGUUUAAAACCAUGUCAGGAGGUCUGUGGUAUAUGGUUCUCCAGUUGUUUGUCUUCUGCACGAUUGUGUCCCUCUCUCUGGUCAGUGAAACUGGGCCUCCUUAAGUUUGAGCGUCAUGGCCGAGUUGACUUUAUUGCCACAGGAGGCAUUUUCCAAUUCCAGAUCAGCCCAUAUAUGGAGUAGGUAGCUCUCCAGGGCUUCUGGCAUUGGGGGUUAAUUCCCUCCCUUGUGGUUUAGUCCUAUACUGUUUUUGAAAUUCUCACCAUGCCUCGGUUCACUUGGAAGCAGGUGGGAUAAUAAGUAUUGAUUUGCAGAUUGCCUCUAGAAGCACACCUGUUGGCCUCAUCAGAAGGUCCAGGCUACUGCUGCUUUUCUCUGCAGUCCUCAAGGUCUUGCAACAAACCUGCAGCAGGAGACAGACAGGACACUCAGAUCCUUUCAGAAGUACUUUGGCAGGCUGAGCAAGUUGGGGUCACAAGUCCCACCCUGACCAUGUAGGCAUCUAGCUUGACCCCCUGCUAACGUUGGAGAUCCAGAGCUAGAGUACUCCCCUCCCUACACACGACAAAGAGAUGACUGCCCACCCUCUGCUGGAGGCCCCCUUCCCAGAAAACUGCUUCCAUUGCCAAGCUGUUCUUACUCUUCUAAAGUUAAGCUGAAAUCUACCCCAUUGAUCUUCAUGCUGUUAAACCUCUGUGUUCCCUCUUUUCUCUCUUCUCUGGGACAACUCUUCAUGGGUUGGAAGAGGGCUGCUAUGCCUCCUCUCCGUCUUCAACCUUUCCUCAUAAGACUUGUUUCUCAUACUACCAACCAACUUCAUUCCCCUUUUGAACCUAUCCCAGUUUGCCUGCGUUCUUGGAAGUGUGGCACACACAGCUGGACUCACGACUCCAGAUGCAGUCUUACUAAUGCAGAAUAAAGUGGGCCUGUUAAUUCUCACCACUUAAAAACACUGGUUGGCAUCUGUUUGUCUCGGGAGACAGUGGAAGAGUGUGCCUUCGGGGGGAAGUCAAACCAUUGGAGAGUUACAGCGCCUGCUGUGGCUGUAGAGGACGAAAUGGGGGGAAUGUUUUGUUGUAGCUGGGGCAAAUGAAGGCGUCUGCUUGUGCUGGUACAGGUGUACCAUGAUGUUUCUUCUUAGAAACAGUGGUUCUGCUGAAGCAGCCUAAACUUGUAUUAGCCUAUUUUUGUAGCUGCAGUAGACUACUCAUACUGGGAGUAGAUUGCAGUCUCUUAGAAGUUGGACAUACCUGAUCUAAGUCAUUGAUAAAAAUGUAACAAGGCUGCUCCCAGGACAGCCUCCAGCACCUCCUUGAAACUCCCCCCCCCCCCGGCUUGAUGCAGAGCGUUGAUGGGCGUGCAUCCCUCUGGGGCACUCUUUUUACCAGCUGUGAACCCACCUGGUGGUUUUUAUCAUCUACGCUGCCUUUAAUUAACCCAAAUGUCAUGGAGAUUUUUGUCUAAUGCUUUGCUGAAACCAAGGUGAAUUUCACUGAGAGCGUUCUCACAAUCCUCCAAAGGAUACGAGAGCAAAAGGGAGAGAAGGCUGCUUUUCUGUUCCCGGAAUGUGACUCUUCACUUCAAAAAGUUUGCCUGCCAAUAAGAUGGUCGUCGGGUGUGAGGCCAGGGUCCCCGUUCGUGUGAUGGGCAGGGCAGGCAUUUCCCCCGCAGCUGACUAGGAAUGAAAGGUUUGUAAGGCCCUCCUACAGUGGGCUGCUGCCCCAGCAGACCAAACCUACCACUGUCCUCCCUCAUAGGUUCAUGGCAGCCAGAAUUAGACCUCCCUCUGAAUUCUGCUUUUGCACAGGCUUUAAACCCGUUGUAAUUCCUGUUUCACUGUUUGUUUGCAAGAGCCAAAGCCGCAGGGAAGAAGUGUGGCACACAGCAGAUGUUUGGAGAGCAGCUAAGAUAUUUGGCUCCAGGAUGGGUUCUCUUAGACCAGGCAUUGCUGGUGGUGGUGGGAGUGGUCUUGAAAGGCUUGGAGAAUGUCUGUAUUAAACUGUUUCCCAAACCUUUGGGGCUUCUCCCUAUCCCAGUCCAGCUUGCAGUCCACUGUAGUGGGGGGACGACAACGGAGGAGCCACUUCCUGGGCACUGCAACCCAAGGCCAACUGUGCCGGCCGUGACAUGGAGGGCUUUGACUUGUCCUGCUAUUGUUGCUAUUGUUCGUUUGUUUAAAUUUGUAUACCACCCUUCAUCCAAAGAUCCCAGGGCAGUUCGUAACAAAACAAAACAAAAAUAAUUAGAAUACAUAAUAAAACAAAAACUGCAGUCCGCCCAGGCCCUGCCCUCCUAGUCCAGGUGGAAGUAUUGCCUGAGCAGAGUGGGGGGUCUGGACUUGAAGACAUUGCCUGCUCUCAGUUUCCCUGCUCUGGAUCUGUUUGCCCAGGAGAAACAGACUUGGGCCUCCAGUGGAGGAAGGAGAACUCCCUCUACAGUGUCCGUAGCAUUUUCCUUCACAAUGUCCACCUUGGUUUCAUCACAUUGCAUUUAUUCAAGGAUUAAUGGCUAAAGUGGGGUGUGUUGUUGCUUUGGAAGAACUGAGAGGGGCUGAGGUUGCAGGAUGGGGCCUGGUCUUUUGAGACACAAUCUCUACUCCCUUUUGGGGGCGCAAUUGCAAAAGCCCUAUGAGUGGAUUUAAGCUCAAUUGGCAUUCUCUUGCUAAGAAUUCUGAGGUUUACUUUUUGUAUUUCUGGUGGCGAAGCAUCAGUGCUGAGUCCAUAUCUUUGGGAUAUCAGCUGUGCAGUGUGUACGAAUUGCAUUUCUUGUCCUUUCCGUCCAUUAUAAUUGAGUGGCAUGUUGAGGGUUAUGUUAUUAUGGUCAUGGAAGGUGGAUUUAAUGUUUAAUAAUCUUAUUUAAGUUUGCCAUUUAUGCAUAUUUAGAUAUAUCCUUUUACCUGCCAAGAACCUCUAAACAGCUUUAAAUAGAUGAAGCAUCUUUCAAAUAUUUCAUUUUUAUAAGUUACUGUUACUUACCUUUGGUAGGAGACCAUUUAGUCGUGACAGCCUUUUUAAAACGAUAAAAUAGAAUAAGGAAAUUAUUUGUGUCCCCUUAUCUUCAUUAGUCUAGUAGGUGACACUGUCAGUGUUCCGUUUCUACACCAAUGUAGAAUGUUCUCCUGCUGCGUUGUCUGCUUUGCUUUUUCCAGUAAUGCUCCUUGUUCAUAGAUGUGAACUUUCAAAUGCUCCUGCAGCAUUUACUGGAGAAAACAGGUGACCUCAGAGUGGAACUGAGAUCCUUCAAACUAUAAAGAUGUUGCAUAUGGUUUCUCUUCUUGUCCUAGUUGCCCACUGUGCAUCGUCACGUCAGAUCAUAUCCCACUGGAAGAAUUGCACGCGGCACGAUUGUCCUGUGUGUCUCCCAUUGAAAAAUGCCAGUGACAAGAGAAACCAGCAACGUACGUAUUCACCAGUGUUCAGAAAAGUCUGGUUUGGAAUACAUACUUAGGAGAUUCUGCCCUGAAGAAGUCCAGUGUAAAUGUAAUGCCAGCCUAAUUCCCCUUCUGAUUAUUUUUGUGAUUUGCUAGUUCGCAAACCUGCGCUAGCAAGUUGAGAUAAUCAUGCAUAAAACUGUAAGGGUGUCUCUCAUGCCGUCUCUACAUGAGAAGGUGUGAUGGGAUCUCUCCCCCUGCCUUCAACACCCCCAGCACCCCUUUACAAUCUGCUGUGAAGGGUUGAGGGACCCCACCCCCCAGAGAUGGUUUUGGCAUGCUUGUAAGACUGCAGAACUGAGGAGAAAGGUGGGAUCUCAUUGCACAAGUCCACUUCCACUAUGUUGGAUUCCACUCACAGCAUCUAGAAGAAUCCCUAGAAAGAUCUCUCUUUGUUGCCAGGUGUCUUGGAUGACAAUUAUAGCAAUCGAAACACAAACUGAGCAAGGGUCAGUUAAUGCGCCUGCUCCUCAGUCGUGUGUGGCAGUGGGGUGUGGUUCUUAUCAUUGGCCCAGGUCUCUCCAGUCUGUAAAAGGGCAGAGUUAUUUCAAGACCCUUGCCAUCUCAUCCUCACCUACACCCCAGGGUUGUUGUGAGGAUAAGGGGGGUGGAGAACCAUGUACACUGCCGCAAGCUUCUUACAGGGAAGGCAGGGCAUGAAGGCCAUUCAGUCAAGGUUUUAAAAAUCCAACAACAUCUUGGCCAGGUUCCUCUGCUCUGUCCAACAGCAUUUCAUGCUUCUUUUGUCCUCCUCUUUUGCAGCACUCCUGGGAUCCCCAGUUGGUGGCAUCCAGAAUUCUAUUGCCUCUGGCACGGGACAGGCAACGACUCCUUCUUUGAGCAACCCGAACCCCAUUGACCCCAGUUCCAUGCAGCGAGCCUACGCAGCUCUUGGCCUGCCCUAUGGCAACCAGUCCCAGCAGGCGCCCCUGCCGCCCCAAGUGCAAGGCCAGCCAGCCGCCCAGCCCCAGGCUCACCCGCAAAUGAGAACCAUGAAUGCACUGGGUAGGUGCGGGCGCAUGCAAGAGGGGGGUGGGGUGGGUUUCAAACGAAUGUUAACUGCUUUGGGGGGCAUGGAGGGGAAGGGGGUACAAAUCUUACUAGAAAUACAACAGCAAAUGUAACUGCAGCCUCAUUCACAAACUGCAAAAAAGUGGAGCCUCCCCUUUUUUGUGUUUGGUCUCUCUCUCUCUCUCUCUCUCUCUUGUCCUCCUUGACACCCACGCUUGUGCCACAGAUUCAUCCUUCCUGGUGUAGAACUUGGGGGGGGGGGAGAAUAGUGAAUCUGUUAACCGCAGUUAACAACAACAAGGUAAAUAUAUGAGAUGAAAUAGGGUGGAAGAAAAGGAUCUGCAGCAGAAUACUGUUUGAGUAGAAUGCCAAGGAGAGAUGGACCGGGAAGUCGUGAGAGAGGUGACUUGUAAGGGAAAAGGUGUAAUGUAUAUACUAAAACUUUGGAAAUGACCAAACUGCAGGAGGCAGUGGAAGACAGGAGUGCCUGGCGUGCUCUGGUCCAUGUGGUCAUGAAGAGUCAGAAACGACUAAACAACAACAAACAUAUAUUUAAAAUAGUGAAUGUGGUAGGACCGCUAUUUAUACAGUUAAGGAUCUUGCUUGAUCUAUCCUACGGUACAUAUAAAAAUGUUAGUGAUUUAAUGGUGUGAAUUGACUGGUAUUUCCUCUGAACUAAACGAGGGAUAAUCUUAUUCCAAAGGAACUAAUCAAAUGAAUCUGACUGCUGGAGGAAUAACAGACCAGCAACCUAGCAUGAUCCCAGAAACUGCGCUUCCGACUUCACUUGGGGCAGCAAAGUAAGAAAUGUUUUUAAAGGCUUGUUGAGUGUUUACACAUGAUUCCUAUUUUCAGUUGUAGAAAUAACUAGUCCUUAGUCACUCUUUUUCUCCCAGUUGUUUCAUAGUCCCCUUUUCCAAGUAACUCCUCAGUUCUUUGUUUUCUAUUUUCCCUUCAAAAGCAAAAUUGCACUUGAAUUUCAUUACCUGCUCUGUUGUAGUCAGUUACUGGAUAAUUUCUUAGCCUUAAAAACAAGACUUUUCUGGAAGGCAACAGAGAGCUUCCAGAGUUUCCUCACUGCCUUUUCUUUUAGCUCCUUAAUGAAUGAUGGCACAAAUUCGAUGCCCACAGCUGCACCACCUUCAAGUACCGGGGUGAGGAAAGCCUGGCACGAGCAUGUCACUCAGGACCUGCGCAAUCACUUAGUGCACAAACUGUAAGUGUGUCGCGUGGGCGGACCCGACUUGCUGCGGGGCAGGGCAAGAGUCUUGCCAGAGCUGCAGCCCUGCUCCUUGGCGUUUGGGGGUUUCAUGGGUCUGAAGGCUUCGGGGGGGGUUGGAGGGGGGGUGGAGGGUUACAGUCAGAACUGGUUUAAGAAGAUUCUCCAUUCUUUCCACUUACGUUUUUAUUUUCAACAACCCAACCCUAGACCCACAUUUUCUCUCAGGGUGUAACUAUCAUCAAUUUCAAUUAUGCCAUCCUAGGGGAAGACUGAAUCUCUCCCAAUUACCUGAAAACUGGGCUUUUGGACUUCCGGAGGUGGCGCCAGCGGUUAAUGGCGGAUUUCCUCGAUCGGAGGAUUUUCUCACCACGAAACUAAGGGUCGAAUCCCGCUUCGGCGUAGCGGGGGACCCUCAAAAAUCACAGGCGGAGGAAGCCUGUGAGCCUGGGACCCAGCGGGCACAUUUGGCGCCCCCCCAACCCGGUAAAAAGCCCGGCAAUGGGCUCGGAAUCGGAGCGGGGGAGAGCGCUGUGCUGUGGGCUGUCUGCUCGUUCGUGGUGUGAAGCCGCAAGCUGUUGACCGGAGAGCGCUGCCUUUUUUCCUUGAAAUUCGGACUUGAAAAUCAACGAUCCAUGAGUAGGAUAUAAUCUAAUUGGAACUGUACAAAUUCGGAAUUUGGCCGAAAACGGAAAGAGGUAUAAAAAGGAAGUCUGCCUCUUUCCUUGUAGAUAAAAUAAAGCAUUGAACUUGAAAGCGGAAGCAUUGGAAAAGCACGUAUAGUGGACUUUAAUCCAACCAUCUGACCUGGACUUUUUCCUCCUUAAACUGAGGGAAAAGGGGGGAGAAUUGUGGAUGUGAUUUCUUCACAAAGAAGUGGAAUAGAAGGGAUUAAACCAUCGUUCAAUUCCCUGGGAAAGGAUCUCCAGAGGUAACUUAGGAAAGAAAGAGAGGUACUGUCUUGCAAUAUAUUUUGACAGCUAGUCCUGCACAGGAAAUAAAAGUUUGGACAUAUUAUGUGAAUAUAUAUCUCCUGAUCCUAAGUUAAUAUUUGGUAUAGACUGUUUUCUUCCUGAAUAAACUGGAGGGGCUUAAAAAAGAAACUAAAGUAUCCAAGAACUUUUAUGACUGUUACAGUGUCCCCCUAGUGGAAUUUGGAAUUGUUACAACUUGUUAUAAUUGAAACUGUAGCUGGCUUGAGGAAUUCUCACACUGCUUUGUUGGAAAUUUCCACUGUUUGAUUUUAACUGCGUGACUGACCUUGAGCAUUAUCUAAAGGAAUGGCAGAUGGUAAAGAGAAAGCGGAUGCAUCGACUACAAGGUCGGGAAGGUCUAUUCGCACAGAAGAAGGAUUACAAAGGAGAUCUUCGGCCUCAGGCCCUUCUGGAACCUCAACAACAGCCUCAUCGGCACAAUUAAAAGUAAAAGGUACGACAAGUGAUGAUGUCUUUGCUCAAGUCUUGGCCAAGGUCAAUGAAUCUUUAAACAGAAUAAGCCAACAAGUAGCAGAGGCAUGUGACAAGAUUGAUCAAAAUACAAUAAGUAUCAAUCAAAAUACAACAAGUACUAAUCAGAAUACUGCAAGUAUAAAUAAUUUGGGCCAAAAAGUAAAUACUAAUACAGAGACUAUUCAGAAAUUAUUAGAGGAAUCGGCCUCAAUACGCCAGAUUGCUGAGGAGGCUAAAGAAAUUGCUACAACUUCUGCUACAGAGGUUAAAGAGGUCCAAGAGACAAUACCAACACUGCACAAACAACUGGAAGACCAUAAAUUGACCCUGUCUAUGAUAGAAUUGAAGGAAAAGCAAGUGAACUUACGGGUCAGAUCGGUACCUGAGGUGGAAAAGGACAAUCUAGCUGAAUUUCUCACGCAGGAAUUUUUGGACUUUUGGGAUCCAGAAUUGGCAAAAGACAGUUUCAAAAUAGUAAAUGCUUUUAGACUUGGGAGAAGAGGAGAGAAGAAGGUGAGAGAUUGUUUGAUUACUUUUCGAACAAAAGAAGAUAAGAUUUUGGGCCUACAUUUUAAGAAGACACUGGAAAUCCAACGGACAAGGGUGGAAAUAUUUAAAGAUAUUCCGAAAUACCUUCUGGAUCUCAGAUCAAAAUACAAAGACUUGGUUACCCUGCUGAGAAGGAACAGUAUCAACUUUAGGUGGGAACUCCCUCAAGGCCUGUCUUUUAGCUACAAAGGAAAGAAGAGGAAAAUAAGAUCGGAAGACGACAAAGACAAAUUUUGCAGAGACCACGGAGAAGACUUACAAAAAGAACUAUUUCCGGAACCAAAAGACCGUCCGAAAGAAGGGAUACCACCGACGGAUGAGGAACAGGCACUAGGUGCAGUAGGAGGAGAACUAAAACAAUAACAUCAUGGCCCUGCAACUUUUAACAUGGAACUGUCGGGGUUUGAAUUCCCCUCAGAAAAGGAAGUCAGUAUUUCAUAUAUUAAAAAAGGAACAAUUGGACCUAAUUUGUUUACAAGAAACACAUAUAACAAGAUUACACAGGAAAUUGUUGAUAAAUAAAAGACUUGGUCAGGAAUUUAUUUCGUCGGACAAAGUUAAAAAGAGAGGGGUUGUGAUUUACGCAAAAGACAAUUUAUCACCGAAAUUUGUUUUUAAAGAUGACCAAGGAAGAUUUGUGGCAAUUGAAAUUCAAACACAAGGAGAAAAAUUUCUGAUUGUAGGAGUCUACGCACCAAAUGAUGGGAAAUCUGAUUUUUUUAAGAAGUUGCAUGAGACCCUGAUGGACCAUAUGGACUAUAACACGAUUCUGAUGGGAGAUAUGAAUGGAGUGGUAUCUACUUAUAUGGACAAGGCACAAAGACAGGUAGUCACCAAGGAUGGUAGACUACCGAAAACUUUUUUUGAUAUGACAGACAACUUGGAUUUAGUGGACAUUUGGAGAAUUAGAAACCCCUUGGCUAAAGAGGGAACUUUCUUUUCUGAAGCCAAAAUGACCUGGACAAGAAUUGACCAAAUUUGGAUAACUAGAGGAAUGGCACCAAGGACAAGAAAGGUGGAAAUCUGCCCAAAAAUUUGCUCCGACCACAAUGCUGUUAAGAUGGAAAUGAGACUAACACCAACUGGCUCCUUCAGAUGGAAGAUGAAUGACACCUUAUUUAAAGAUGAAGAAUUUCUUAAGAAGGCCCAAAAAACUCUGAGAGAUUACUUCGAGAUAAAUCUUAGUUCCAAUGUGGAGAAAAGAGUAAUCUGGGACGCAAGUAAAGCGGUUAUGAGAGGGUUCUUAAUACAACAGAAUGCGAUAAAGAAAAGAACUCAAAAUGAGAAGAAGGAUAAAAUAAUGGACAAAAUAAAUGAAUGUGAAAAAAGACUGAGAGUAAAUCCCAAAUCUCAAGAGAUUCUGAGAGAGUUAAAGUUAUAUCAAGUACAAUAUAUGAAAAUGAUGAACCAGGAAAUAGAAUGGAAAAUUAAACAAAUGAGACAAAAGACUUUUGAAUCAGCCAAUAAAUGUGGCAAAUUGUUGGCAUGGCAAAUGAAAAAGAGACAAAAACUAAAUACGAUUACGAACUUAGAAGUGGAAGGAAGGAAUAUACAGAACCCAGCGGAGAUCAGAAGUUGUUUCCAGAAGUAUUUUAAACGACUAUAUACUCAAGGGCCAAUGAAAGAAACAGACUUAGACCAAUUUUUGAAAGCAAAUGGAUUACAAAAAAUAUCUCAAGAAAAUAAAUUAAUUUUGAACCAUAGAAUAACUGAACAGGAAAUAGAAGGUGCCAUUCAAAACAUGCAACUGGGUAAAUCUCCAGGACCAGAUGGCUUGACCUCUAGAUACUACAGAUCUUUAAAAGAAUGGUUAAUUCAACCAUUGAAAGAGGUCUGCAAUGAAAUAAUGGAGGGGAAGAGAGCACCAGAGUCGUGGAAAGAAGCAUAUAUUACACUUGUACCAAAAACAGAGACUGAAAAGACACAACUUAAGAACUACCGCCCUAUAUCAUUACUUAAUGUGGAUUACAAAAUUUUUGCAGAUAUUUUGGCGAAGAGAUUUAAAAAGUGUUGAUGGAAGAGAUUCACAAAGACCAAGCGGGCUUUCUCCCAGGAAGACAUUUGUCUGACAAUUUGAGGAAUAUAAUUGAUAUUUUGGAAAAAUUAGAAGUGAAUAUAAACACUAAAGCAGUGUUGAUAUUUGUAGACGCGGAGAAAGCCUUUGACAAUAUUUCUUGGAAUUUUAUGAAGAAGAAUCUACAGGGUAUGGGGGUAGGCCAAGGUUUUGAGAAUGGUAUAAGUGCAAUUUAUUCAGAACAAAAGGCUAAACUAAUUGUAAAUAAUGUUGUGACGGAAGAACUUAAAAUUGAAAAAGGGACACGACAAGGUUGCCCAAUUUCCCCACUUCUUUUUAUUUCGGUCCUGGAGGUUUUGCUGAAUAUGAUUAGAAGGGACCAGUCGGUUAAAGGUAUACAGGUCGGAACUAAACAGUACAAAUUGAGAGCAUUUGCAGAUGACUUAGUAUUGACGUUACAGGAGCCAGAAUCUAGUACUAAAAGGGUUUUAGAACUGAUUCAAGAAUUUGGUCAAGUGGCAGGAUUUAAAUUGAAUAAGUCAAAAACCAAGGUUUUAGAGAAAAAUUUAACACCGAUUGAAAGAGAGAGGUUUCAGAAUGAGACAGGCUUAACAGUGGUUAAGAAAGUUAAAUAUUUGGGGAUUAACAUGACAGCAAAAAAUGGGAACUUAUUUAAAGAUAAUUAUGAAAAAUGCUGGUCUGAAGUGAAAAAAGACCUAGAAAUUUGGUCAAAUUUGAAGCUUUCACUGCUGGGCCGUAUUGCUGCGAUAAAAAUGAAUGUAUUGCCUAGAAUGUUGUUUUUGUUCCAAACUUUGCAGAUUGUGGACAAAAUGGAUUGUUUCAAGAGGUGGCAGAAAGAUAUUUCUAAAUUUGUCUGGCAGGGCAAGAAGCCUAGAAUAAAAUUUAAAAUACUAACAGAUGCAAAGGAAAGAGGUGGAUUUGCCCUGCCAGACCUCAAACUUUACUAUGAAUCAGCAGCCUUUUGCUGGUUGAAAGAAUGGCUACUUCUUGAAAACACUGACAUUUUGGACUUGGAAGGUUUUAAUAAUGUAUUUGGAUGGCAUGCAUAUCUAUGGUAUGAUAAGGUCAAAGCACAUAAAGCAUUUAGAAACCACAUUGUCAGGAAAGCGCUAUUUAAUGUUUGGUUAAGAUAUAAGGAUUUGUUAGAAAACAAAACCCCAAGGUGGCUGUCACCAAUGGAAGCGAAAGCCUUGAAAAAGGUCAAUAUGGAGGUCAAAUGGCCAAAAUAUUGGGAAAUUUUGGAACAAGACGGAGAUAGAUUGAAAUUGCAGAGUUUUGAAAAACUAAAAAACAAAGUGCGAGACUGGCUUCAUUAUUAUCAGAUAAUGGAGGCAUUUAAAUUGGACAGGAAAAUUGGCUUCCAGGUGGAAAGAUCCAAAUUAGAAACAGAAUUGUUAGAACCCAAAACUAAGAAUUUGUCAAGAAUGUACAACUUGCUGCUGAAAUGGAAUACUCAGGAUGAAACGGUAAAAUCGGCUAUGAUUAAAUGGGCACAGGACGUUGGACAUAAUAUUAUGUUUGCUGACUGGGAACAGUUAUGGACCACAGGUAUGAAAUUUACGGCAUGUAAUGCCUUAAGAGAGAAUAUUAUGAAAAUGAUAUACAGGUGGUACAUAACCCCAGUCAAGCUUGCAAAAAUCUAUCACUUGCCCGAUAACAAAUGUUGGAAAUGUAAAGAAACUGAAGGUACAUUUUUUCACCUUUGGUGGACGUGCCCAAAGAUUAAGGCUUUCUGGGAAAUGAUAUAUAAUGAAUUAAAAAAGGUAUUUAAGUAUACCUUCCCUAAGAAACCAGAGGCCUUUCUCCUGGGCAUAGUCGGCCAAAUGGUGGCAAAGAAGGAUAGAACUUUCUUUAUGUAUGCAACAACAGCAGCAAGAAUACUCAUUGCAAAGUAUUGGAAGACACAAGAACUUCCCACGCUGGAGGAAUGGCAGAUGAAACUUAUGGACUAUAUGGAAUUGGCGGAAAUGACUGGUAGAAUCCGUGACCAGGGAGAAGAGUCGAUGGAGGAAGAUUGGAAGAAAUUCAAAGACUAUCUUCAGAAACACUGCAAAAUUAAGGAAUGUUAGAGUGAUGUUGGAUUGAAAACAAGUGGUUUCCAGCUGUACAGGUUAAAGUUAAUGAUAGAUUAAGAUUAAAGAUUAAGAUUAAAGAUGUUUAAAGAAAUGGAAAUUUGAUAUUAAGAGGGAAAAUUUUAACGUUAUAUGAUACUAAGACCAAGGAUUAGGUUUAAAGAAGUUGAAGUUAUAUAUUUUAAUAUUUUAUCAAACUAAAGAUUGGGAUUUAAAAAGUGGAAAAGAAACUGCUGGACAAACAGUUUGGAUUGGAAUACAAAAGAGGGAGGUAUGAGGAAGUCCAGAAAAUAAGUAACUUAAAAAUGGAAAUGGAAAAGAGAUAUUGUUUUUAAUUGUUAUGUUUUUUGUUUUUUUUAUUGCUGAAUUUUGUGUUGUUUUUUGUGUGUGGUGUUGUUAUAUGUAUUGUGUAUGUUUUUUCUUUUUCUUUGCUGUUUAAAACCUUAAUAAAAAUUAUUUUUAAAAAAAAGAAAAGAAAACUGGGCUUUUGAAAUCAUUUUGCAUGGUGUAGGCAGAUAGGGGAAAGUAAGGUUUACCCAGGUCUUCCAGCAGCAUUCGUGAUGGAAUUUAUGUCUCUUCUUUCUGCAGCGUGCAAGCCAUCUUCCCAACUCCUGACCCAGCAGCACUGAAAGAUCGCCGGAUGGAGAAUCUGGUGGCUUACGCUAGGAAAGUAGAAGGGGAUAUGUAUGAAUCAGCUAACAGUAGGGUAGGUUCUGUACCAGACAAGAGCUUGGUCUUGUGAAGUCCUGUGUGGCUGAAAGUGGCUCCUUUUGACUGUGUUCCUCCACUGAAACAGCCUGGGAUUAUUAUAUAAUUCCUGAAAUCUUGAGUGCUGCGCCUCCUUUGUUCAGCAAACCAAUGAGUGCCUAGAAGUCUUCCUGUCCAUAGGCAGGAAGAUCAACUGGUUAAAGAAAAUACUGUGAUCUUACUAGGGAUAGCCUUCAUAAAUUGACAGAAGCGGGACUGGCUCUGGCCUUGUUAUUGCCAACUUAGCCAUUGUUCCUUUUGUCGAAGAGUCUACUUUUUGGUCAAGUUCCAGGAAGUGUCUUGGUCUUCACAGCAUAGCGCUCAGAUUCCUAAAACUCAAGUUAUGAAGGAGAACUCUUCAGAUCACUUUUCAUGCAAAAUAAAAUUUAAGCCAGUGUUAAUCAGUCAUCCUUGCUGCUUUUUUCUAAUAUAUUCUAAAACCUAAUCCUAACAUUUUCCCCCUUCUAGGAUGAAUAUUACCAUUUAUUGGCAGAGAAAAUAUAUAAAAUACAAAAGGAGCUAGAAGAGAAGCGGAGGUCUCGUUUACAUAAGCAAGGGAUCUUGGGUAAUCCGCCAGCCUUACAGGCUCCCGGGACUCAGCCUCCUGGCAUUCCACAGGUGGCGGCAGCUGUGGGACAAGCCCAGCCUGUGAGACCUCCCAGUAAGUACUCCCAGAAGGAAUGGACAAGUGGAGCAAGGAAGUCUGGGUCAGCUUCUAUAUCUGUGGCGCACCAUUCAGCCUUUCAUGAGGCACAGAAAGUGGGUUACAAUAAUAACACACAAAGAAAAAGCAGUAUUGAAUAAAAUCACCCCAGAAAGGAAAGUACUAUGUAUAUAAAGCCACAUUGAGCAGCAGCGUGCUUGCAUCCCCUAGAGCAGUGUUUUUGAACCACUGUUCCGCGGCACACUAGUGUGCCGCGAGAUGUUGCCUGGUGUGCCGUGGGAAAAAUUGAAAAAUUCGAAAGAUUAAAAAAAAAUAAUGUCAAAUUUUCGCCCACUAGGCGGGCGCCGGACUGUGUCCACCCUAUUUUCCAUCCGUCCUGGGUGGGGAUCAGAUGGGAUCGGAUGAGAGCGGACAGGUGGUCCGCUCUCAUCCGAUUCCCCAUAGAGAGCAGCGGGGCUCUGACAUCUCCCUCUCCGCACACAGUGCGGAGACGGAGCUGUCAUCCACCGGCUCAGCGGGGAUCAGCGGAUCGAUUCCCGCUGAGCACAGAACGGUCCGCAACGUUUUUGUUUGCCAUUAAAGAAAAAAAUAUUAAACCAUGCUUGAAUGUCGGAACUGGUUACUAAAAUUUUUGAAUCCCACCACUGAUGUUAAGUGUUUGUGUUUAUUUGAUUUGUGUUUAUUUGAUUCCUAUUCAAGAGAAUUACUUUAUAUAUAGUCAAUAUAGGCACAGAGUUAAAUUUUUUAACAUUUUCUAAUGGUGGUGUGCCUUGUGAUUUUUUUCAUGAAACAAGUGUGCCUUUGCCCAAAAAAGGUUGAGAAACACUGCCCUAGAGCCCAAAGGCCCUCCCAGGCAAAAGUACUUUCCUGCCUUCUAACAGUCUGAAAAGAAGGUGCCACAAAUGAAAAGGUCCUGCUCCUUGCAGAUGUCCAGGUAGCUUCUGUGAAGGUGCUCUUUGAGAGGGCCUGAAUUUAGGGUGGUUUGUUGUCAAGAUCAAAAGCAGCAUGUUGAAUUGACCAAGAUGCAAACUGUUAGCCGGUGAACUUCUUGCAGGACUGGCAUUGUCUUCCAUACUUGUAGAUUCUCGCAAUAGGUUGGUUUUUUUGCCAUUCUGAGCUGCCAUAAGGUACGCUGCCCCCCCCUCCCCCUGUGCAUUACAGCAGUUCAGCUGAGAUGCUGUGGAAGGUGUGGCAGUGACAGGCUUCCGUCUGCCAAGGAGAGAAUUCUAUCUAGGUCUCCAGGGGGGCAGCAGCCCCAGAGAGAGCAUGGCCAAAAUGAAGAUGUCUCCCUUCAGAGGGCAGUGUGAGCAGAAGCAGCUCACUAGCUCAAACUCUGACCAUCCCCUCUUACAUGGAUGGACCUGGUUUAGCAUAAACCCCAUUACUGUCUUCAUUUGGGAAACCCAUCACUGAGGAAAAGGAGAAUUAAAUAGAUGCCAUCAACAUCCAGAGACUUCCCCCAGCAGUUUCAUGUAGGUGUUCAGCAGUGCAGGAGACAAGACUAAACUCUGCAGCACCCCAGAGGUUACUUUCCUUGGUGGGGAGCAACUGUCUUCUCUCACAUCCUUCCGGAACCACACACACACACACACACACACACACACACCCCAGCUAGUAAGCCCAGGGCUGCUGUAAAACAGCGGCCCCGCUCCACACCAGGCAGGUAAGGAGGACACCCUGGUUGGUGGCCUCGGAAGACAGUUACAACCCCAAAGCUCACUUGGAGUCCUGUUGUAGGGCUGUUUGUUGAUUAAAGACCCCUGAGUUGAUUGCUCAGUGAGAUUCAAUCAUUUCCAUUGGCAUAUGCAUCUGUUGGAAGAGGCAUUAGAAUGAAAGGGGAAGGCCUGUUCUCAGAUGGGGCCUGUCAGCUGUCGUUUUGAUAGGCUCUGAUAUUAAAAAUAGUGUUUGUUUUUUAAAACAAACAAACAAACAAACUUGAUGCCUAAUUAACUAGGGUGGCUUUCUAUUUAAUUGAGGUUUUAAUCUACACAUUAUUUGAAGUUUGCAUCCCAAUCAGUUUGAUUUCUAGCAUUUUGAUUUGUCUGCUAAGUGAAGAUUGUGCAGAAUGAAGCCGCGAAGGAAGAACUGACCGUGCUGCUUUUGUCCUCUUGCAGAUGGGCCUCUGUCCAUGCCGAAUGUGCCUCUGAGCCGCAUGCAGGGGUCUCAAGGUAUUCAACUUGCACUAACCUGCUCCUUUCCUUAGCCUCACUCUUGCGAGUCUCCUGUUGGGGGGGUGGGGGGUUGUAUCCUGCCUCCUCUAUGCCACACUUUCACCUGAGCCUUUGUUCCAAGGUAGCAGACUGAGAGCAUGCCACGGGCGGGGGGGGGGGGGGCACAGCCGUUGAGGCGGAUACAAAAAGCUUGGCUUUCUUGAGCUCUACUUCCCCCAACCCAGAGCGAACCAGGGGGUCCCUGAGUGCAACUUGGUAGCAGUCCUGGGGAGAAAGAUGCCCCUCACUAAUCUGUUGUGUGCGUUACCCUCGCCACUCAAAGCCCAUAGUAAAGCCAGCCAGCUGUCCUGACAUAACUGCAGGGUGCUCCAGACGCCACGUAGACACUGGCUCCCUCUCAGCUCCACUUCCUUUUAUCCAAAGGGAAUGGUGCGUGUACCGUAUUUUUCGCUCCAUAAGACGCACUUUUUCCCUCCUAAAAAGUAAGGGGAAAUGUGUGUGCGUCCUAUGGAGUGAAUGCAGGCGGGAGGCUCUGCUCAGCGCUCCCUUUAAAGAGCCGCGUGGAGCGUGUGUGCGUUUCUUGGGGGCUUUUCCGCGAGGUGGGGGAAGGGACUGACAGGCUGCCCUCCGUCCCUUCCCAUACCUCCCGGAAAAGCCAGCAAGAGCCGCUGCCAGGCUCUGCUCAGCGCUCCCUUGUAAGGGCUCCCUUUCGUCCCUCAUCCUGCUUUGCUGGGAAGCCAGCAGAAGAGGCGCUGUGCAGCUAUCGCUCUUGCUCUGCUGGCUUCUCAGCAAAGCGGGAGGAGGGACGGAAGGCUUUAAAGCAAGAAAGCCGCUUGCAUGCUUUGUGCAGAAUGUUUUUUUUCUUGCUUUCCCCCUCUAAAAACUAGAUGUGUCUUAUGGAGCGAAAGAUACAGUAUUUUUCACAACCCUUAGCUUUCCAUUUUCCUUUCCCCAAACUUCAACAUGGUUCCAUUCAGUUGAAUUUUUUCAACACAGAUCCUAUCUCUGCAUGGCACUUCUGGAUGACCCAGCUGCUGGGAGUGGUAGAGGGGAUGGAGGAACAGGAAGCCCCUGGUGCCAGCUGUUGGGGGGAGGGAUGGCUUGUGCUCUGAGUGCUGGGAAUGUCUGUGGCUAGACUUGUGCAGGACAGAUCCCAUGUGGGGAAGACCACUAAGACUUGCGUGGAGAACAGUGUCUGCUGACAGUAGCAACUCCUCCCCUCAGGGCCCAGGCAUCGCUCAAUAACAAGACAAUGGGACGACCAAUGUCCCUGUGCUGCCCUUUAAACAGAAUCAGAAAAGGCGUGCUGGAGAAUUAGGGGGCUGUUGGAAAGAGAGCUCUCCACAUUUAGCGCUCUCUGUCUUUAGUCCCUCUGCUGAGUGUCUUGACUUCUGUGGGUUUCCUUCCCAGUCGCUGCCAAGAGAGAGGGGUUGGGUCUCCUCUGCUCAGCUGCCCUGCAGGCCAGGCCUGACUCUUCCUCAGGCUGGAAUGGGGGCAGGAACGUGGUGGGCUGAGCUGUGUGUCGAUCCGCGCUUGGGGGACUCGCUCCUAAUGAGCUCUUCUGGGGGUGCAUUUUGCAGGAGUGAAUCAGUUUAACCCCAUGUCCAUAGGGAAUGUCCAAAUGUCCCAGGCAUCGAUAGGACCCCGCACCACCCCUCCAAUGAACCAUCCUGUCCAGAUGAACAACAUGGGAUCCAUUUCCACGGUUUGUAGCUCUCUCUUUCUUCCUGGCUAUUUAAAGCUUGGGUUACGUUAAGAGAAAUAAACUCAUAUGCUGGUUACCUCAGGUUCUUUCCGGUAUUGCAUCAUUCAGUUUUGGAUUAAUUCAGUCACUUUAUUUUAUUUCAUAAAAUGUAUGCACAGUAGACCUGCAACUUACAUGGGGGUUGUGUUCCAGGGGUCUGCACGCAAAGUCAGGAAGGCCCCCCGGAACCAGCUCUCCAUGUGACCCCUCCUUUACUGAGCUUUCAGAAGGCUUUGUGAGGUCUCUGGAAGGCUGUGGGUGGAUCCUGCAAUAUCUUUCGGGGGCCCUUCCAGCUCCCCCCCCCCAUUCUCCAUUUACUUACUUAUUUUCCCACCACCUCUGCAAAUCUGUAAGUUGUGGGUCUACUGUACCACUUGAUUGUUUUUUUAAAAAGCAACAACCCUCAAAGCAAUUCACAAAAAGAAUAAAACAAUGGUGUGGGUUUUUUUACUUAAAAACAACUAUUUAGAACGUUUAAAAAAUAAUUGGGGCGCGGGUGGCGCUGUGGGUUAAACCACAGAGCCUAGGACUUGCCAAUCAGAAGGUCGGCGGUUCGAAUCCCCGCGACAGGGUGAACUCCCGUUGCUCAGUCCCUGCUCCUGCCAACCUAGGAGGUCGAAAGCACGUCAAAGUACAAGUAGAUAAAUAGGUACCGCUCUGGCGGAAAGGUAAACGGCAUUUCCGUGCGCUGUUCUGGUUUGCCAGAAGCGGUUUAGUCUGCUGGCCACAUGACCUGGACGCUGUACGCUGGCUCCCUCGGCCAGUAAAGCGAGAUGAGCGCCACAACCCCAGAGUUGGCCACGACUGGACCUAACUGUCAGGGGUCCUUUACCUUUACCUUAAAAAAUAAUUAAAAUCAACGAUAAGCUGAAAACCAGGUUAAAAUACAUGUCAGCUUUCUGAAUUAGACAUUAGGGCAAUUUUCUGUUUCAGUUAGAAAUAGAAAUCAAAUAAAUACAUUGGAUGAUUCAGUGUAGUGAAGAUGUUAGAGGGCAGCCUGGCGGGAGGGAAGAAGAGACUGCAACUGGCAAGCACAUUCAGCUCAGAGAGACGGUGGGGGGAGCCCACUGGUGCCUGUUUCCCCUCUCUUCUGAAACGGAUUCAGUGAGAACCUAACUCUCUUGUGGUCCAGACCCUUAAUGCGCAGGGCCUGCUUUGUUUGCAGAUGGCUCUGUCUCCCUCCCGGAUGCCUCAGUCCCAGAACCUGAUAGCAGCUCAUUCCAACAGUCUGAUGGGUCAGGCCUCCACCCCAAGCCCCUUCCUGCCACAGAACCAGUUUUCUGCUUCCAGUGGAGCUUUGAAUGUCAACAGCGUUGCUUUGGGGCCAGCAGCGGCACAGGCAGGAGUGGCACAGGUAUGGCUCAUGGCUUGCUUCAUUUUACUCGCCCUGGCAUAAUGUGGAAUUCCAGGUUUUCAUCAAAACUGUGAGGACCAUUCACUCGCUUCAGAUAUUUGUGUCCGCACCUUAGUAUUUCUGUGGCCUCCACCAUUUCCCUGGAUGUCAGAGUCAAGGCACUGUGUCGCUGUGGUCCUGCUGUGAACAUUUGUAUGCAAGAGAACCUCAGCAAUGCUGCCUUGUGGCGGUGGUGUAGGAGCUCAGCUCUCAAGCCCAGCCAUGACUGUGACGUGGGUCACAAGCCACUUACUUCCCAGACCUCACGAUUAAAUUCUAACCGAGAUCAUCUCAGGAGCUUACCUAAUGCACGCCUCUUCCCUCAGCCUGUUCUCCUGGUAGAUAGUGAGCCAGCCCCUGUGUGCCAUGUCAUAUCCUGUUCACCCAGCCACUGGCAGAGGAAGGGGGUGCAGUGGGUGCAGUCCCCUCUGGGUGUCAUCCCUGAGGGGGGUGACAUCGCUGCUGCACCACCACCACCCCAGGAUGCUUGCUGCAGGCGGCGCACCCUCCCCCCCAACACUUGCCCUGCCCCUGCAGGCAGCUAGCCCCACCCCACGGGUGCAGCUAGCUCCGCCUCUGCACCCAGCCAGCUGGAAACUCCUGGCUAAUCUGCAUAUCCACUUGCUCUGUGCCUUUGCAGACCUCUCCUUUCCUCCUCAGUCCUGCUUGUGGCGAGGUGUAGCAGUAUCUUUCUUGCUCUCUUCUUUGAUUCUUUCCUUGCCUUGUCUUUGUUGCCCUCCCAUCUCCUGGGGGUACGCAUCACUUUUGCAUCCCCCCUCCCACCUUUACUCCUCUCCCCCAAACUCACCAUGGCUCCAAGGUGGAAAAGCAAGGCAGCAGAAUCACAUGCAGCCUCUUUCAUGGCCCCGAUGCAGAAGGGGCAGAUGCAGCCACUCAGGCAGCUUCUCAUGCAAAGCACACGGGCAACAUGGCUCCGCCUUCAGCUGCAGCCUGCAGGGAGCAGAUCGCCACGCCUCCCUGGCCCAGCUGGGAAGGGUCUUCAGAUUCGAUGGCAGAGGCCAGCUCCAUGACUUGGGCAGCGAAGCCUCCAGCUGCAUGUGGACGGGGUGAAAAACUCCUGAGCAAGAAGAGAAUGAAAAUGUACCAGAAAUGGCCUCAGCACACACCCACAACUCCUGAGAGGAGCCGCUCUCCUCAGUCCUCCAACCAUCCACAGAUUUGCAGCAAUGGAAAAUACAGCCCUUAAAGCACUAGCACAGACUCCCUUGAACCUCUUAGAUCUGUUUCUUUAUACUCCAAGGCUGUGCUUCCUGCUGGUCAUCACAGCCAGGCGAGUUUUAGAGUUCAACACCCUCUCCAUAAGGAAGGAACUAUAUUUCUUCCGCAAGCCCAGCAUGACAUUUGCAUAGAGACCUUGCGUUUAUCCACAAGAGAAGAGGGAAUCCUGCCGUUCCCACCCCUCCCAUCCUAUAGAGAGGACUAGCAAAUCCAUUAGACAUCAGAAGGGCCUUUAGGAGUUCCAUAAAGAGCACUGAAACGAACAGAGGCAGAAGGUGUGGGUCCCAGCACCUGGACACAUCACAAGAGUGGCAGCUGCCUCGUCUGCUUCAGCCACCACCAGGGGAGAUUCCUAGAGCCACUACUGGACCUCCACUUCUGCCUUCACCUACCACUGUUAAUGGGACCUCUUUCCUUGGCAGAGGCAGCACUGGGCAGGUGUGUUAUCCCCACAGGAGCAGCCUCUCUCACACCUCCACAGCACAAAGAGGCUGGCUCACUCUCUUACCACAAAGGGGCCUUCUCUGGCAGGCAAGGGACCUGGCCACCACCCAGCCCUGCAUAGCAGCUGCUCACCACAAGUCUAGCCAGGCCUCAGGAUCCGUCCUUCUGCCACAGCUGUCUGUGUCCGUCCACUGAUCCAUCUGUCAGCUCAGGAACUGGUCUGACCAAGCUUAGUCACAGGUGGAAACUUGAAGGAGAGGCAGGAGGAGGAAGUCGGUGCAAAUUAAUUGCGUUUCCCAUUUUGGUGAAAAGCAUAUGAUGUAACUCACAGUGGCUGGCUCACCUGCCUACCCAAAAAGCGUACUUUCUGCCACAUGUGAUAUUGGGGAAACGGUGUGGCAGAGGGAUGCAGCCAGACUGGCGCUUGGUCUGCUUGUGUUGCCCACUUUUGCACAGGGGGUUUUGAAUGCAGCACUAACAGUGUCUCCUUCCGGCAGGGGCAAGUUCCUGGAGCUGCUCUUCCCAACUCCGUGGAUAUGCUGGGACCACAAAGCAGCCAGCAGCUCUCGUGUCCUCCCGUGACCCAGCCACCCCUUCACCAGCCUGCGGCUCCUCUCUUGUCCAGCGUGGCGGCUGGCAUGCCGCCGGUCCAGCACCAGACCCCGCCAGGGAUGACGCCUCCACAGCCUGCAGUGCCUGCCCAGCCGUCCACACCCGUCUCCGCGGCGGGACAGGCGCCCACUCCAGCAGCCGGCUCCGUCCCCAAUGCUACGCAGGUGCAAAGCACGCCUUCGGGGCAAGCCGCAGCCCAGUCGCAGAUCCCACCGCAGCCUCAGACCCCAGUGCAGCCCCCACCCGUGCCAACCCCGCAGCUUCCACAGCAGCAGCAGCCAAUGUCUGCCCAGGCCCCUGGCACUCCGGUGAGUAUUUGGCCUUUUUGCAUUACUGGGCCCAGCGUUUGCGCCAGGGAGCAAGCACUCUGUCAUGAAUGGCAGCGGUGCUCUCGCAGGCACUGUGCAGCACCCCAGAGUACAGGGCACAACGUUUCCUCACCUUCAUUGCCUGUCGUUCAGCAGGAGCAGCAUAGGAAGCUGCCUUACCCCGAGACUCAGUACUGCAACGAGCAGAAUCUUUCAUAGUCAGGGGCGGAACCAGGAGUCUUUUGUCUCUCCCACUGACCUAGGAUUUCUCUAGAAGCUCUGCCUUCUCUAGAAGCAUUGUGCGUAGUUUCAGAAGCAAAACAAAACAAAACAAAGCAAAAAAACCCGAAGGAGAUCGGGGCUCCUGUUCCCAAGUUGCUUGCAAUCCAAAUUCCAUCUAAGAGGAUCAAGAGAAGAGCAAAAAGAAGAGAAGACCUAGGAUGGGCUGGAGAACCUGUGGCCCUUUAGAUGUGGAGGCCAAAUGGUCAGGGAGGACAGGGGUUGUAGCAUAACAACAUCUGGAGAGAUGCAGGUUCUCAGCAGGUGCUGGUUCGCAGCCCAAAUGUUUCAAUAGCACAUGGUCUGGCAGCCAGCCAAGCUGCUCCUAACGCUCAGAGUGACCGCUGAAGAGCAGAAGUGUCUCUCCCACCUGGGAAGGUAAGCCUGCCUGCCUGCUCAGGAGACUGCUCAAGUCUUUUAAGCCUUCCGACACUGAAGAUGGGCAGAAGAAGAGCAUGUUUACAUGUUCCGCUCAGGCUGCUCUUCCUUUGACGCUGGCAGAGUACGGCUCUUACUGUGACACAAUCAUUUCCCAGCCUUUCACCAGUUGGUGUGCUCUCAGCAAAGGGCAGCCCCGUAUUUUUGUACCUUCAGGAGAUGUUGAUGUUGGUGUUGAUGUAAUAAUUGUGUUUGUAUAAGGGGAAAGGCCACAGCACCUCAGCAGGCAGCACUGGGUGAAGAGGUAAAGCAAGCUCUGAGGAGGAGGCCAAGACUAGGUGUGUUCAUGUAGGUCAGCAGUGAGGAACCUCAGGCCUGAGGGCCUCAGGAGGCCCCACAAGGCCACUGUGGCCAAGAAGACAUGAGCCCACCCGCCUACAAGGGGGGACAGGUAAAGCUGUGGCUGACUAGAGAGCGGGGUGGGAGGGGGCAUUGUAGGCAAAGUAUCAGCUGAGCAGGGGCAGCUGCAGAGCCCCGUAUGGAGCACUUUGCAAGUUCCAUCUCGCCAGAUGGGCUUCCCCAGCCAGCCUUAAUCUUGGGCCAAAAUGGGUCACCCACCGUCAUUGUGACAUCAGGAGGCCCUUAGGAAACUGAGCCAGCCUGACUAGGGGGAGGCCGGAAGGGACUUCAGAAUGAGCCCAAAGAUAGCGGAGACAACUCCUGGGAGGAAAAGACUCCAUUUAGGAGGAACUGAAUGUGUGCGCUUAUAGAGCACAAUGUUAGGGCUGGCUGGGGAAGCUGCAUGCACCAGUGGAGUCCGGCGGAGGGGAGCUGAGAAUUGGGACACCGGGGGACCACUUUCGUUGGGCAUUUUCAAGGAAGGGUUGCUUGGGUGGGCUUGAAGAAGGGAUGGUGUUCUGUUAGGGCAGGAGCGUUGGCACGGAGGCAGCCGCAGAACUUGCAACGUUCCGCUCUUGUUUCCGUGCUUGUAUCUCUGGGAAGCACUUGCCAGAAGGCAAAGAUGGCCGAGAUUGGCAGGGAAGCCAAAUUCUAGUGCUGAAAUAGAAAUUGCCCGCAAGUUUUGAGUUUAUUCAUUAAGGACUCAAUCAAGCCCAAGGUGCUUUUUCCCACUCCAGGUGUUACAUUAGCCCAGGCAUCCCCAACUCGGCCCUCCAGACUACAACUCCCAUGAUCCCUGACCACUGGUCCUGUUAGCUAGGGAUGAUGGGAGUUGGGGAUGCCUGCAUUAGCCUGUCAAAGCCUGGAGGAGGUUCUGGAAAGGGUUGCAGCACUUGAGGAGGGUCCCUGCUGCUCUUGUGUGCAGAGCAGAGGAAUGUCAGAAUCCCACCUCUGGCCCUGAGCUUCCCCCUCCUGACCAGGAAGCGCAUAGAUCUGCCAGCUGAGGAUGCUCUUCAUGCCUCUGACAAAGUGGGCUCCAGGCAGUGAAAGCUUUUGCCACAAUAAAUGUUAAUAUUUAAGAAGUUAAUAUUUAAUACCAGUAUCCUGUCCUCUGAAAACCUUUCCCAGGGCAGCUCGCAGACUACUGGGUGUGUUGAGAAGUUGUUUGUUUGCUGUGCAUUUGGAUCCCUCUUACGAUAUCGCAACCAAACUUUGAGGGGUGGUGGCUGAGGUCAAGGAGCAGGUUUUUGAUUGUUUGGAUGCAGUUGGGUGCCAUUCCAAAUUAAUACAGCAGACUCAGCCCUUUAAAAGCACUGGCUUUCUUUGUUUGUUUCUUAUGAGGUGGCUAUUGGAAUAUAAAGCAAAGUGGUGAGGGCGGGAAGGAACUAUCCAAAAUACAACUAAAAAUCACCACCGAUGAUAAUAUCAGAUAGCAAGCAAAGAGCAAAUGGAAAACCAUACACUAGAGCAGGCUUCCUCAAACUCAGCCCUCCAGAUGUUUUUGGCCUACAACUCCCAUGAUCCCUAGCUAGUAGGACCAGUGGUCAGGGGUGAUGGGGAUUGUAGUCUCAAAACAUCUCGAGGGCCGAGUUUGAGGAAGCCUGGACUAGAGCAUGAAAAAUAAAAGCCAGGCACCAGAAUGAUGUUAAUGUCAGGGAAGCUAUCUUUGUGAGAAGUAUUUCAUAUUUAGAACACCGCCACUUAAAAUAUCAUUUUCCUGCUUGCUACUGACUAUCCCUGACGAAUGGAGUAGCCUCUCCACCUGACUUUUAAGUCGCAGGAAGGCUCAGGUGGGAAAAGGCAACCAGCAGGCAUCCUGAUCCUAAGCUGUGCAGGGUUGAUCCAGCAAAAGCAUUGUGCUCCCAAAAUUAUCUGCACAGCAGAGGUCCCCACCCCUGUACCCCACUAAAUCUGCUCCAGAGGGCUUGGGGUACCUCCAGAGCAGAUAUGGGGGUGGCAGGGGCAGAGAGAGAGGUAGUUCUGUUCCCUGAGCACAGCAAAUGCACAACCCUUUUUGGACUGAGCUUGGAAAUGGAUCAGGAGCCAGACAUUUUGGCAAAUGUUCCCAGCUCUUGGUCUCUGCGCUCUCACAGCUUGUUCUAUCCGCAGAAUAUUUUCCAGGGCAGCCUCAGGUAUAAAGCAUUGCAAUGCUCCAGCAUGGAGGCUUCCAGAACAUGCAUAAUUGAUCCUAGGAUAUUUUUCAAGGCUUUCUCUGGUUAAGAACUUAAUUCAUUCUGGAGGUCCGUUCUUAACCUGAAACUGUUCUUAACCUGAGGUACCACUUUAGCUAAAGGGGCCUCCUGCUGCUGCCACGCGAUUUCUGUUCACAUCCUGAAGCAAAGUUCUUAACCCAAGGUACUAUUUCUGGGAUAGCGGAGUCUGUAACCCGAGGUACCACUGUAUUUGCAACCGUGCUGUGGGAGACGGUUCUUGAGUAUUCCCCAUUUUAGACUAUUAACAGUUAUUUACUGUUUAGAUUUCUACACCACCCCUCAAAUAAAUUAUCAGGGCAGCUUACAAUAAGAAGCUUAGGAGGUGGAUGAUUCCCUGAUGGUUAUGCUGUAACAUCCUGUUAGGCCUCUUGUUAUCAGAUGUGAAUUCUAGGCAGGGGUAAACUAAAUGGAUUACUCAUAGAAUUAUAGACUGGACCCCUGGGGUCAUCUAGUCCAAUCCCCUGCGACACAGGAAUCUGCCUCCAUGACUGAUGGCCAUCCAACCUCUGCUUAAGAACCUCCAAGGAAGGUGAUCCCACUGUCUGUUCCACUCUCGAAUGGCUCUUACUGUCAGAAAGGUCUUCCUGGUGUUUAGUCAGAAUCUCCUUCCUUGUAAUUUGAAUCAGUCUGUUCGGAUCUUGCCCUCUGGAGCAGCAGAAAACAAGCUGGUUCCAUCUUCCAUGAAAGGAUAGCCUUUCAGGUGACAUGCUGGUGCCGUUGGGGAUGUCCCUGUCAUCUGACCUGACCUCUUUUUUUGGAGUUCUGCGCUGGGGCGCAAGGCUGGUUUCCGUGUGUUCAGUGUCUUCCCCCCCUCCUCCCCACCCCAGCUAUCCCAAGCAACAGCAAGCAUCGACAACAGGGUGCCCACGCCAGGCUCUGCCGCCAGUACCGACGUGAAUGCUCAGCAGCUGGGGCUGGAGACCCAAACGCAAGAGAUUAAGCAAGAAGGGAAGGUGGAAAAAGCAGAGUCCGAAUGUGGUGAAGCUCAACUAGAUCCAAAACUGGAGGUAAGCAAGGGCCCAAGGGAUAGUCGUGGUCAGUCUGUGCUGUUCAGGGACACAGGGAGGAGGAGUUUGGUGCCCACCAGAUAUUGUUGGGCUUCUUACCUCCAGCAUAACCUGUAGUUGGGGCUUGUGAGAAUUCUAGAAUCCCAUUCCAGGAUUAGGCAGCAAUUUCUAGCUUUCAGGAGGAAGCGGUAGGGAAAUAAAGCCUGCCCUUUGUGGGGUAGAGCAGAGAACACCUACUGCCUGUUAAACUAGGAGGAGAAUUCACAGGGAAGGGAAAUCAUCCAGAAUAUGGGAUGGAUGGAUGGAUAUUAACAUGUUAAAUAUUCCAUUCUCUCUUGCUUUGCUGGGGAAGCUGACCUGGGUGGCUGUGGAGGUUGUGACUCCUCACUGUGCCAUGUGCUUUUCAGGUGGAGGAGGACGUUCCAGGCCCCACGCAAACCAAAGAAGAAACAAAUGGGGUGGAGAUCAAGCAGGAGCCCAUGGAGAUAGAAGGGAAGAAGCCUGAGAUAAAAGAGGAGGAUGACGGGGGCAGUAACGGUGCCGCCUCCCAGUCCACAUCACCAUCUCAGCCACGGAAAAAGAGUAAGUCUACAUCUGUGUAGCCCUCAAGUACGUCUGUCUGCCACUAGCUUGCGCUCCAUGUUGAUGUUGUCCCCAUCUUCUUAAAUUAAAGUAGGAAGAUAAGAAGCAUCUUGCUCAGUUGGGCUUCCCCAGGUUGUCUCCUGCAGUGGCCAGGCAGCUUCACAAGCAGGGGGUGACAGGUAGCAACUGCGGUUUUCUGUCCCUCAGCCUCUCCUGAACAAAGGCAUUCUGUCUCUGAAUAGGGAGAGCCUUCUUUUUUACCUGUCACAGUUAAAGCCACUUCUUUUUUCCCCUGUGAAGUGGCCCAAGUCUUCUAGUUGUUGUUGCUGUUCUUUAAAUUUGUAUACCUCCCUUCACCCAUCGAUCCCAGAGCGACUCCCUGCAUAAAAACACAGCAUCCUGAGCAGCCGUUGCCACAUCUUAUAGACUGAAUUCCACCAGCUAUUUACGAUUUGAUGACAAAAUACUGCUUAUUUCAUGAAUGAGAUGACUGUAGUAAUAAUAAUAAUAAUAAUAAUAAUAAUAAUAAUAAUAAUAAUAAUUUAUUAUUUAUACCCCGCCCAUCUGGCUGGGCCUCCCCAGCCACUCUGGGCGGCUUCCAAAAGAAUAUUAAAAUACUGUGAUACAUCAAACAUUAAAAGCAUCCCUAAACAGGGCUGCCUUCAGAUGUCUUCUAAAAGUCUGGUAGUUGUUGUUCUCUUUGACAUCUGGUGGGAGGGCGUUCCACAGGGAGGGCGCCACUACCAAGAAGGCCCUCUGCCUGGUUCCCUGUAACUUGGCUUCUCGCAGUGAGGGAACCGCCAGAAGGCCCUCAGUGCUGGAACUCAGUGUCCGGAUAGAACGAUGGGGGUGGAGACGCUCCUUCAGGUAUACUGGACCGAGGCCGUUUAGGGCUUUAAAGGUCAGCACCAACACUUUGAAUUGUGCUCGGAAACGUACUGGGAGCCAAUGUAGGUCUUUCAAGACCGGUAUUAUAUGGUCUCGGCGGCCGCUCCCAGUCACCAGUCUGGCUGCUGCGUUCUGGAUUAGUUGUAGUUUCCGGGUCACCUUCAAAGGUAGCCCCACGUAGAGCGACUUGCAGUAGUCCAAGCGGGAGAUAACCAGAGCAUGCACCACUCUGGCGAGGCAGUCCGCAGGCAGAUAGGGUCUCAGCCUGCGUACCAGAUGGAGCUGGUACACAGCUGCCCUGGACACGGAUUUAACCUGUGCCUCCAUGGACAGCUGUGAGUCCAAAAUGACUCCCAGGCUGCGCACCUGGUCCUUCAGGGGCACAGUUACCCCAUUCAGGACCAGGGAAUCCUCCACACCUGCCCGCCUCCUGUCCCUCAGAAACAGUACUUCUGUUUUGUCAGGAUUCAAUCUCAAUCUGUUAGCCGCCAUCCAUCCUCCAACCACCUCCAGACACUCACACAGGACCGUCACCGCCUUCACUGGUUCUGAUUUGAAAGAGAGGUAGAGCUGGGUAUCAUCCGCAUAUUGAUGAACACCCAGCCCAAACCCCCUUAUGAUCUCUCCCAGCGGCUGCAUGUAGAUGUUGAAAAGCAUAGAUAGAAUUGUAGAUAGAAUUGACCCGUGGUUUUAUUUACGUUAACUCAUUUGGAUAUUUCCAACAGUCUUUAAGCCUGAAGAGCUGCGCCAGGCCCUCAUGCCCACCCUGGAAGCUUUGUAUCGCCAGGACCCAGAGUCCUUGCCCUUCCGGCAGCCCGUGGACCCUCAACUCCUGGGGAUUCCGGUAAGUGAGAAGGUGGACUGGGUGUCCCUGGGCCUUUCCAGGAACCAGUGGGUCGGUCUUGGCACCAUAGCUAAGUAACAAUCUCAGGCAGAUUGAAUUGAAGCCAGUUGAGCAGCAGAGUGUUUUGCAAGCGGGUCACAACCAUCUCUCAUAGGGUGUGGGUUUGUCAGGUAGGCAGUUGUGGGUAAUUUUCACCGUUGGGCAGUCCUUUGACUGGUGGCAAUUCUUUCAGGUUUAGGUUCUAAAGUAAUCCCUGUGGUCUUGCUGCCCAGGAGCUCCUGUAGCUCCCGGAGCCAAGCGCAUAGUCUAUUAGUCUGCCCUACAGCCAAAGUCUUCUUCCAGGUCUGUCUCUGAGUAGACAAAUACAGGAAAUUUGAAGGCAAGACAGGAUUUUCCACAGUUAAGAAUUUCUUUCAAGUGAGGACUGUUUUCAAGGUUUACUGUACCUUUCUGUCUAGGUCAUUAUUUUGUGUAGCACUGCUCAGAAGUUGGGACAGUUGGCUUCAGUAAGUGCGACGUCUUGAGCUGCUUAAUGGCUGCUGUUGCUAACGGAGCUUUGGGCAUCUGUUUAUUCAGAGCUGUAGGAAUCCAGAGGGUGGUGUUGUCAUCCCACCCAGAUGGCAGUUCAGCCCGAUUCUCUCUAAACCCUGACAAUGUGUGAUUUUUGCAAGCAACAUCCACCUGUGACAGCACCCUAAUUUCAGGUGCAUUAGACUGGUCAAGACGCAGGGUCCCUAAGAGUGAGAUCUGGCUGGGUGGGGAUUUCAACCCAAGUCUCCCAGGCACUCUAACCAUUACGCGACACAGUCUCCUGAGGAGGUUGCUGUUAUGAUGGGCUGCUCUCCCAUCAAUAAAAAUUGCUGUUUUUUGGAAACUUUGAAUUUGAAUGCCCAGCUGACACUGUGUUCCUUCUUUUUUCUAAUUUGCAGGACUAUUUUGACAUAGUGAAGAAUCCCAUGGAUCUUUCCACCAUUAAGCGCAAGUUGGACACAGGGCAGUAUCAAGAGCCCUGGCAGUACGUGGAUGAUGUCUGGCUAAUGUUCAAUAAUGCCUGGCUUUAUAAUCGCAAGACGUCACGAGUCUAUAAAUUUUGCACUAAGCUGGCCGAGGUCUUUGAACAAGAAAUCGACCCUGUUAUGCAGUCCUUGGGAUACUGUUGUGGACGCAAGGUAUUCAUGGUUUCUUCACAGCUAUGGUCGUUGAACAUACAAAACCUGUGUGUUUCAUAUUCACAGUGUGAAUAUGUGCAUUUAUCAGAACCUUCUCUUUGAGAAGCUGAUUUUAUGAGAUUUACUUUAAAUGUCAUUUAAAAGGGGUUGUAUCCAUUUUUAGGCAUAAUUACCCCCUGAAAUUAGUGGACCCAAGUUAAUCAUAUUAAUUUCAGUGGAUCUGCUCUGAGUAGGACCAGCAGGUCUUUAUUUUCAAAAUCUUUGUGUUGAAUUUUGACAGAUUCUUGUACUUAAAAAUGUUGACUCAGAUACAUGCGCAGGUGUGUGUUCCACUUGCUACAAUUUGAUGAGAGCUAGAUUGACUUCAUAUGCGCAGCACAUCAUGCUCUACAACUAGUAAAAUUGUGCAAGUGAGGGCUUCUUUUGUGGCUCCUCGCAACAGCGGCUGCAUGCUUCCCUCAGAAUGAGGCAGCAAAAGCUGCUGAGUAUCAGUUGGGGCGGAGCAGCAGCAGAAGGAAGGGCUUGUGAUCUCAUGCCCUGCUUGCAGGCGUCCCAGAUGCACCUCGUUGGUCACUGGGGGAAAUGGGGUGUGAGACCAGAGGGACCCACUUUGGUCUGAUCUAGUGGUAGCCAGGCUUUUUUAAUUCUUCCUAAAAAGUGCUCUUGAAUUUUUAAAAAGAUGAGCCACUGUCAUGUUUUUUGGCCCACAUGGAUCUUUCUCAAGGAGAUCCGUGUGUGAACUUUCCUGCCCUGAGCAUUUGGUUACUAAACUUGGAGUGCACAUUGUCAGAACAAACAUUUUAAGGCAUUGUGCUCUGCAAAUAUGAUGAAUAAUGCUGCAAUUGUCUACUAUCUGUAAUAAAGUGAGCCAGCAGCUAACACUAAGUAUUUUAAAUUCAUACAUAAAGGUCAGAGAACACAGAACAGUCUGCUUAAAAUAUCUAUUACUUUUAAAAAGUGUUGAUGGCUUGCAGGCUGUUUUACAGUUUCUAAAUUCCGCCUGCACAGCGUUGCAAAGAGCUCCUCUGCAGAUGUUGGCUAACUGACUAAAUAACUAUCCCAAGAGCACCUAGACAGAAGAAUAAUGCUCCGUUAGGGUUUGGUUUUUUUAAUACUACAGAUUUUAGUUAGACAUUGCAUUAUGCUCAAUCUCUUACUGUUUUCUGAGAAUUUCUAACUUUCUGGAUUUAUCUCUUUUAAUGAGUGCGAGUGCAGCCCAGUGCGGCCGUGUCUCCUUCCUGCUCUUCCCAGAUGCAGCCCUGCUCUUCAGCCACCUGUCAAACAGGCCAAUUUGCACACACCCAUUUUUCUUUUCCAAUUGGCACAUCAUAUUCAGUGGCUGCUGGCUAUGCUCCAUACAGGACUAUUUUUUUGAGGGGAAGGGGGUUGUCCUCUUGGAGAGAACAACAGUGAACAGUGAAUUAAAACAAUAAAAUUCUGAAACUAAAAAAGCGCUGCCUCUGCUGUAGAAGAAAUUUGUGCCACACAAAUGUGUGCCUUUAGUUCAUGCAUCUAGUCAUCUGUUCUCUCUGGCUUUUCUUCUUUUUCAGUACGAAUUUUCUCCCCAGACCUUGUGCUGUUAUGGGAAGCAGCUGUGUACUAUUCCCCGGGAUGCCGCCUACUACAGUUACCAGAACAGGUAAGUCUGGGCCUUCUCAGGACUCAGAGUGGCACAGUAUUUUCUUAGAGCAGGACCUGAGCUUAGAGGUGGCUCCUCGCCCCACAAGAACACGGACAAGGAGUCCCUGGAGAGUUCCCACCAAGACUGACUAGCCCUCAAGGGGCUAACAAGUGGCCUGUUUUGAUGUUUUCAGAAAAGCUCCCCACCCCACUUGGGGCUUGGACUAUUGCGGUGAUUUAGUGAAGGUAUCCCCUGGCAAGCUCCUUGGCUGGUGGGUUGCAUGUAGCUUGGAAGCUCAUGAGUCAAAAUAAAAGAGAGAGAGCAAAAAUAAAGAGAAGGGGAAGGAAGGAGAGGUGGCAAUUUCACGUUGGCUUAUUUACAACACGGUGGUACCUUGGUUUAAGAACAGCUUAGUUUAUGAACAACUUGGAUUAAGAACGCUGCAAACCCAGAAGUGGGUGUUUUGGUUUGUGAACUUUGCCUUGGAAGCAGAACACAUUCUGCUCAUAGCUGUCAACCUUCUCUUUUUUUGUGGGAAAUUCCCUUAUUCCAGCGCCGUUUCCCGCUGCUAUCCCGGAUUGUUAGAUAUCCCGUAGACUGUCCCCGGGACAGGUGAGGCUGCUGAUCCCUUAUUUUCAAAUCUGAAAGUUGACAGCUAUGGCUCUGCUUCCUGUUCAGUGUGUUCCAUUUGUAAAUUCUGCUAUGGGAAAGCAUGCCUUGGUUUAAGAACACUUUGGUUUAAGAACGAACUUCCGGAACGGAUUAAGUUCAUAAAUCAAGGUACCACUGUACCAUACUGGGACUAGCAGGUUGUUCCAAAAACUUCCUGGAAAGGUGGGGUUUUAGGUUGCAAUCCUGUAAAUGCUUACCUGGGAGCAAAUCAGCUGAACUCAACGUGGAUUACUUCUGAGCAGAAUGCACUCUUAUAUUGUCCAGGAAUCGUGGAGUUUUUUAAUUUUUGUAGUUAUUCGGUGACUGCACACAUAGGAUUUAAAAAUCAUGAACUACUGAAUGGAGGCCUUGGGCAAAGUCCUGGUUUUAAUAACUCCUCCCUCUGGUUGCUGUCAGUUGUGCACCCUGCUGUCGAGGCCACCCACCCCCCUCUCUUGCUCACUGGGUCCCCUAUGGAGGAGCGGGGGCCCUGUCUGUUGCUGCUUUCUCCCUGGGGAGGCGCUUCUGGUGCCUGAAAAUCAUCACCGGCCCCUGGUUUUCCGAGUAGCUCUUGGUUGCUAGCUUGUCUUCUGGGAACACACUUGCCCCGUAGGUUUCAAUAAAAAACUCUCUCCCCUUGAACGAGAUAGUCCCAGGAGACUCUCAGCCUGUGGACAUUUGUGUGUAUGUAAAGACCUCCCAGGAAACGGCUUUCUCAUCUCCCCUUGGUUGGUUCAUUGUGGUGACCAGAGUGGAGAGCUGUGGUGUUUGGACGGCUGACGCUGUCAUGGCUGCUCCCACCUGUUUCCUCUGUUUGUCUCAAGGCAUCCCGGUGUGUCUCUGUCGUCCGUCCGUCCGUCCGUCCCCCCCCCCCCCAUGGAUUGCCCUAGCCUGUGUUUCUUACCUUCCUUGGUGUUUCAGUUCAUACCCUUUCCAAACAUUUAGUCAAGAUUGCCUCAGAAGGGGAUAGGUUUUGCUUCCAGUUUACCCAAAGCAAAACAAGAAAUACGGACUUGGGCCUUAUUCGAACGCAGGUUUGUGUCUGAAAGAGACCUUUGCUUUUAACCUUCUUGGAUUACUUAAAAGCAGCAAGGGAUGUGGAAGACUGACCAGUUCAGUUUGGUUCACAAAAUUUUUCACAAGUUCCUAUUUCACUUUGCAAAGCCUUGAUCUAUUUAUUUAUUUUUUUGCUAUAUUGUAUUUAAUUACAAUAUAAACGAUGUAGUUUAUAAAGUUUACACACGUGACUGGAAACACUGAGCGACAGAAAUGCAUUUCUGUUAAAUGUUUGUCUAGAGUAUGAAUUGGGUGUCGUUUGUGUUCUACUACAUUUUAAUUGAGCAGCUGGUCACAUUUAACGCAAGGUUUUCCAUCUUGAAUGCUUUAAUGCAUUUGGCAAUGUUGAAAUUGUUCCUGCUUCUGUGGCUUUAAUAAAAUAAUGGCAGUCUCAUGAUUCUGGCUACUGUGAGACUGCUUUCUUCUUAAAACCCGACCUGAGAAUUGGAUCCAAAUUCUGAAACGGAUGCCCUUGGAAGUCUGCUCCAGAGCCUCUCCUGGUCACCAGCGGUGGCCUGUGGCGGCUGAAAUGCGACCGAAUGCUCCCCUGCGCUCUUGGCCGUGCCUUUCUGCUCUGCCAUGUCCUGGUGUCUGUCUCUUACUACUUCUGUCUGUGCUGUUUGUCCCUUUCCCUCCCCUCUGCUCCUCCUCAUUGGCCACACUGACCCAUCAAUCGACCAACCAACGACGCUCCCCCUCCUCUCGCCUUGGUGAUCUCUGCCCUGCUCUGAUUGGUGGCUCCCUUGCUUGGGUUGCUCUGUGUUUUGAUGGACCAGUUCACCCAAAUAUGGCCUUCUUGCUGACAGGUAUCACUUCUGUGAGAGAUGUUUCACUGAAAUCCAGGGGGAAAACGUAACCCUUGGUGAUGACCCUGCCCAGCCACAAACGUAAGUAAUUUCUUUUCUUUUAUUUAAAUGCCGGGUAAAAGUAAUGAGAGGACAGGUUCCAUCAUGCCUCAGGUGCAGCAGGAAGAGAUGUGCUUCUCAUUCAGGGUGCAGCCCCCCAGGUGCAACUUCUGCUUGGCUUUGGAGUCUCGUUUGCUCCGAAGAAAGCUGCAUCUCCCAGCCUUUGCCGGGAGAACAAAGGAGCAUGGCGAGCUGACGUUCCAUUGCACUUAGAAGUUCAACAGUGUCCCGCGGAAGGGCCCCAGUUCACAUACUUAGCGGCCUUGGGUAAACCCUUGUGCCUCAGCCUUCAGCCCCGUGUUCUGCAAUUUGUGGUUAAUAAUCUAGGCUGGUUGAAAAGAUUUCAAAAAGUGAAUUAAGAGCAGAUUUUCAAUGCCCAGGCAAGAUGCCCAAAACUUAACUCCUCUGAAUGUUGUUCAUUCUCCGUAGGUGUGGCGCUUGCUUAGGUGACCCUCUGACCUGUAAGCCCCUUCCUGCCAUGUCCCUUGGCAGCUUUCUGUAUUGUCAUUAACCUACAUGAAAGCCUAAGUGUUUUCUCAAAUUGGCUUCAAGAAUAGAGUUGACUUGGGAUCUGUUUUUACCUGCUGAUAGUUAGCCUGCCAUAGCUGGUGUGGAUAACUGGGCUGGCAAUUAUUUAGUUCGAAGGUUUGCUUGUUUAAAAGGUUUAUGGCCCUCUCUUCCUUCAAAUAAUCCCAGAGCAAGGUACAAUAUAAAAUAUAGGCUCUAAAUUAUACACAGCAAUAAAUUGCACAACUUGUGCAAUUGACAUAUCGAAAAGCUUGAGUGAAUAAAUGCUACAAACCCUCCAGGGUCAGUCAUCCCUGAGAGAGGAGAGCGCCCUAUAAUGGGAACACCAGCCCUGAGAAUGCCUCUCCCAGGUUGCAUCCUAACAGAGACUGCAAACACAGGGUCAUAACAAACGAGCAGGUCCACAUGGGAGCAGGUGAAUCGUCCAAUAUCUAGGUCCUGAGCCGUGAUGGGCUUUGUGUGUUGGAACAAGCACCUUGACCUUGGUUUGGGAGCCAUGCAGCCACCUGUGCACCUCCUUCGGAAUGGGGGUCCUGAUUUCUUGGCAGGCUGCUGCUGAGGCUUCUGGACCUGGUUCAAGGGAUGCCCCACAUGGAGCACAUUGCAGUAAUCCAGACACGAGGUACCAGUGUGUGGAUUGCCAUAGCCAAGCAAUCCCUGCCCAGGAAUGUCAGCCAGAGCUGGUAACAGGCACUCCUUGCCUUGGAGCCCCCUUUUACCUUCCUCAGACACCUUGGAUCCAGGGGUACCCUGGCUACGACCCUCUUCCUCCAGGGGAGUGCAACCCCACCCCAAAGCGGCAAACUGCACCCUUCCCAGACCUGGGAGCUGCCUUCUCCCCACAUCCUCCUCCUUAUUAGGGUUAGGACUUGCUCUUAGGAGUGUCCUGAAGGAGUCCCUCCCUCUGCAGAUACCUUUUUAGGAAGAGGUGUGCUCCCUGGCUAGGAUGAAGCGGAGCAAAGUGCAAGACUAAACUUACUCUGUGUCUCUUUCUGCAGAACAAUAUCAAAAGAUCAGUUUGAGAAGAAGAAAAAUGAUACACUAGACCCAGAGCCGUAAGUAUCAAGACAUCUCAGCAUGAAGCCCUUUUUCAUACUUUUUAAAAGUCCUUGGCUAGAAUUAGCAUGAGCAAAGCUGUGCUCCAUCGAGUCAAAGGAAUUGCAGAGGCAGGCAGGCAGUUUAUUGUACCACAUUAGCCUUUAUGUCGUAAAGACACAUUUGCGCAUGUGACUCCAUGGAGCGAACUGUUUAGAUUCCAACAGCAGUUGCUGUUCAGCUGCAGAUCCUUCGCUUGCAGCUGUUUCUGCUUAAACCAAAACAAACUAAUUCAAUAUAAUUUUGCCUUUUGUGCUGCUGUUUCCCUGUUGCAUCCUCCCUGGUUACUAGCCAAACAUAACUCAGUAUUUCCUCUUGUGGUCUGAGUUGUGUCUCAGGUGUGGAUGCUCAUUACCCAGCCCAAACAGAGCUGCCGGAGGCCUGAUUCUGGUUCAUUUGGGAAAGAUUAGGACCUCAUCAUUGUUUGUGGAGAUCCCCGCCUGCGUCAUGUGUGCUUUUUGCCUGGUUAGCAAGUGCACGGCACCUGCACACAGCCUCUCUUGCCAUCUGGCCCUAAGCGGGAGCUGCUUCUGUGGCGCUUUGUCCUGAGGUAGCAGAGCUGCUCUGCGCUCUUUGUGCCAAAUCUGUUGUCUUUAUACCAUCUACUGAUGGGUGCAAGUAUUGCAGCUCCACUCCCAAUGUUUCUGCAAGAGCCGGUUUCUAAUUCGACUGCUCCAGCAGUUUCCCAGGGAGUCAGUAAGAAAUGAGGCUCUAUAUUGCAAACAAUGGACAGAUUUAAUGGGGUUUCCAUGAAAUGCCCGUUCCUGCCUGCCAUCUUUGAACUUUUUCUUCAUGGCUUUAGGUAUAAAGUGCAAAGCAUAAGCUGGACAUGAUAUGACUUCACACUCAGCGCUAUAAAAAUGCUUUUUAUUACUAAUGCCAAACAUGAGUGUCCCAGAGAAUAUCUGGUAUGUUUAACAAGAUUGCCCACUGUCGUCGUAUUUCAUAUUUAUUGUCCACUGAGGCUCCUCAACCUUUUAAAAAUCCAAAUUCCAAGAAAACUAUAUUUUUUAAAAAUAUACUGGCAAUAUAAAAUAUUACACAGUGCUCAAAUCACCCUUUCUUAUUCUUGGUCGUAAAGCCAAGUGAAAGAUUUUGCAAACUUCAGGGAGGAAGUGAGUUAAUAAUCUCCUCAUAAUACUUAGAUAUUUAAAAUAUUAUUAUUAUUUAUGUUAUUAUUUAAAGUUUUGUGACUAGGGAAGUAUUCUCUGGCUCCUCUUUGUGCUUCCACAUUUUCGCUUUAAGAAAACCAAGGCUCGUUCUCUUGCCUGCUUUCCUCCCUCAGCUUUGUGGACUGCAAGGAAUGUGGCCGGAAGAUGCACCAGAUCUGUGUGUUGCAUUAUGACAUUAUUUGGCCUUCAGGGUAAGUAGCUUCGAAAGGUGUCGGGGUUUGGGCUGGUGAAGCUUUAGCAAACCUCCUAGGUUCUUUUUCAGUUCAAAUGAUUUGAAACAACAAUGUCUUCACUCUGGCAAAGAUGCAAAGGUUUGAUUGGAAGCUCAGCAUUUGCCCAAGCGCCUUGGGGUCUUGAGCCAGAGGCCUCCCUCUCUGCUGAUGCCCCCUGGAAGACCCAGCCAAUGGCAUCUUCUGCUUUCCCAUGGGAUGCCCAGUCCCAGCCCUCUCAGCACUUUCUCCGUCGUUCACUCUCUGCCUUGUUUUGGGGCACCUCGCUGCCAACAAGUUUCUCAAGGCCUCGGCUUUUGUACGCACUUUGUCCAUUGCCAGAAGAGUGAUAGAUGAAUGGGUCAGAGGAAAACAGAAGGAAGGGGGCUCCAGUCCAUGUGGGUGAUGCCACACAGGCCCCAGGGCAUUCACACGAGAUCAGUUCAAGCACAAAGUCUUUUGAUAUUGCAGAUUCAGCCAUGUGACCUCUAAAGGAGUGUAGGGGAGAGAGGGUCUUUGGCCCACCUGGUUUCUCAGCACUCAGGUGCUGUGGCCUCUUGGGGUGGCAUCUCCCCUCCAGCAGAACUGCCCUGCCAGGUGUUGGAUGUGCCCAUUUUGGAGAUCCUGCCAAAGCUGCCGCCAGGUUGGGUUGAGGUUUGGUGUUGCCCAGCGGUCAAUAGACAACAUGGCAAUCUUGCCCAUGGACUGCCGGGCAGCACCAAAACUAAGCCCAAUCUGGUGGCAGCACAGCCUGCCAAAAGGCCACCCUGGAAGCCAGAAGGGCUGGAGCUUGAGCCCCCCGAAAGUGGGCUGGCGUGGCCUGGAGCCCCACCUUGAUGACAGGCCCGGUCACAGGAAGAAGCAGCUGAAACACCGAGAGGUUUUUGGCUGCCACUGUGUUCACUGUGUUUGCUUUGUUAUGAUAUUAGCUUUCAUAACUUACUAGCUCUCUGUUGUGGUUUUAGCUUUGUGUGUGACAACUGCUUGAAGAAAACUGGUCGAACACGCAAAGAAAACAAAUUCAGUGCCAAAAGUAAGUCUGUGGCCUCCUUAGUUGUAUAUGAAGAUGCUUUUAAUACAGUGUCUUAAUGCACCCCCAUGCACCUUUCUAAGGUCUCUAUUUUUGGAAAGUAACCUUGUGGGGGAAGGGGUGCUGUUGGGCUAGAUCCUGUGGGGAGGCUUCAGUCGAAAUGGAAAAUCAAGGGUGCAGUUUUAAAACUAAAGUAAAAGCAUGUAAUCUGUUACAAAUAAACAGAAUAUGCCCAGCACUGGUAUGUGCAUAACAUCAAAUAAGUCGUAAGUUGACUGUUGUGAUGUACAAUUAAUCAUGUUGACACUCUCCAAAGGCUACUGAGCAGAUGUAGCAGUCACAGAAUCAGAGGGCAGGACUCCUCUUCUGGGCAGGGAGCUGGUUAAAGAACAGGAAGCAGGAAAGACAGAAGGGAACAGACUUUCUCACAAAUAAGGGAAAUAGGAAGUUGAGUCCCCGAGAAUCUGUUCUGGGACUGGUGGUAUUUCACAUGUUCACAAAUGAUUUUGUCAGGGAUGAGCAGUGAAGUGGCAGUUUGCCGAUAUCGCCAAAGUAUUUUGAAUUGAGUUGGGAUCUUUUAGGAUUUACAUUGGGUGUCUAAGUAAGCAAGUUAGUACCAGAUUGUUGUGGGAUAGUAACUUAUUUUGGAGGCUGUGGUAAGGUUAAGGGAAAUUGCUGAAAUAAGAGGGAAAGUUGGCUAAAAAAAGGAGAAUGCAUAGUUUGUGGAGAGGAGUACAGUGGUGCCCCGCAAGACGAAUGCCUCGCAAGACGGAAAAACCGCUAGACGAAAGGGUUUUCCGUUUUGAAGUUGCUUCGCAGGACGAAUUCCCCUAUGGGCUUGCUUCGCAAGACGAAAAUGUCUUGCGAGUCUUGAGAUUUUUUUCGCUUUUCCCCCUUUAUCUAAUCUGCUAAGCCUUUAAUAGCCUUUAAUAGCCUUUUAGCAGCUAAUCCCCUAAGCCUUUAAGCCUUUAAUAGCCGCUAAACAGCUGAUAGCGCUAAUAGCGCUAAUCCGUCAAUGGGCUUGCUUCGCAAGACGAAAAAACCGCUAGACGAAGACUCUUGCGGAACGGAUUAAUUUCGUCUUGCGAGGCACCACUGUAUAAACAUGUUAAGGGUUCAGAGGGUGGUAGACCUUGAAAAGGGAAAUGUGAAAAGAAUGGCCCUUGAUGCUGCCAGGAGUCUCCACAGCUGAGAGGGCAAGAUUCACUAUUUAUGCAUUGUGCCACUUCAGAAAGUAGGCAGGACUCAACAUGCCUUUGCUAGCCAGAUAAAUGUUCUUAUUCCACGGAGCCUUCAGACACAAACACUUCCCUGCCUUCCCCUUGGCUUCCUGCUCAGUUCUUCUCAGCUCGUUUUUCAAAGCUGGCUUUGAGCCCAACCCAAACUAUCUUUCCCCAUUGGUUUCAAAGGGAGCACAGCAAAGGGACCAAGCCCUACGUUUUUCUAAGUCUGACCUGAACGUGGUGGGAAUCUGGAUGCUCUCUCUCUGCCUCCCAAGGGUGACUUCCUCCCACAGCUCUUUCCUUGCACUUUCCCCUGUAGGGUUGCAGACCACCCGCCUAGGAAACCAUUUGGAAGAGAGAGUCAAUAAAUUUUUGCGACGGCAGAAUCACCCGGAAGCUGGCGAAGUGUUUGUGAGAGUGGUGGCCAGCUCAGAUAAAACGGUGGAAGUGAAACCGGGGAUGAAAUCCAGGUGAGUUCUGGCCUUCCUCAGCAGGCGCACAUUGAAACAGUUGUCAUCUGCACCAUUUCAUUUAUUCUGACUACAGAAAUAGUAAUUCUUAAUUAUACUAUACUAUUAGCAUUUUCAAGGACACGGGUGGCACUGUGGGCUAAACCACAGAGCCUAGGGCUUGCCGAUCAGAAGGUCGGCGGUUCGAAUCCCCGCGACGGGGUGAGCUCCUGUUGCUCGGUCCCUGCUCCUGACAACCUAGCAGUUCGAAAGCACGUCAAAGUGCAAGUAGAUAAAUAGGUACCACUCUGACAGGAAGGUAAACAGUGUUUCCAUGCGCUGCUCUGGUUCGCCAGAAGCGGCUUAGUCAUGCCAGCCACAUGACCUGUAUGCAGGCUCCCUCGGCCAAUAAAGCGAGAUGAGCACCACAACCCCAGAGUCGUCCGCGACUGGACCUAAUGGUCAGGGGUCCCUUUACCUUUUUAUUAGCAUUUUGUCUCCAUAGAAUCUUUUUUUUUAAUGUGCUUUAUAGGCAGGUGAGGAGAAUACCUGGUUGAGUGCAUAGCAGCAGCACAUAGAGCUGGAAUCAGCUUGGGGGGAAAUUCCCAAAACAUGGUCAUUUUCAGCUGUUUUCAUGCAAGAGCCUAGCCAGUGGGCUGUCUUGAGCCCAGUAUCAUAGAAUGGUAGAGUUGGAAGGGACCCUGAGAGUCAUUUAGUCCAACCCCCUGCAAUGCAGGAAUCUCAUGUAAAGCUUCCAUGAGAGAUGGCCAUCCAACCUCUGCUUAAAAACCUCCAGGGAAGGAGAAUCUGAGGGAGUCUGCUCCACAGUUGAACAGCUCGUACGGUCAGAAAGGUUUCUCGUAACUUGAAUCCUUUGGUUUGUGCCCUGCCCUGUGUAGCAGCAGAAAACACGCUUGCUCCAUCUUCCAUGUGACAGCCCUUAAAGAUAGUUGAAGGUGGCUAUCGUACAGUGAGGGGGCAAAGUAUUUGAUCCCCUUGCCUGUUUGCCCUCUGACAAAGAAAUGACCAGUCCAUAAUUUUAAUGGUAGGUUUGUUGUAGCUGUGAGAGACAGAAUAACAACAGGAAAACCCCCAGAAACCCAGAAGAAAAAAGUCAGGGAUUGAUGUGCAUUAUAAUGAGUGAAGUAAGUUUUUGAUCCCUUUGCAAAAGUCCUUGCUGGCAAUUACAGAGGUCAGAUGUUUCUUGUAGACGGCCACCUCCUCAUUUCCAGGCUAGACAUUCUCAGUUCCCUUGGGACAAAGCCUAACUGGCCUGUUCCAAAGAUAGCUGCCGGUUUCCAGUCUAGCUUUCACUCAUAACCUAAUCGUAUACGAAGGUUUCCUUGAGAGUAGCAGGGGCUCUGUUGCCAUUGGUAAUCAGCCCAUCCUAGUAGUCCCCGGGGAGUAUGUUUGCAAUGAAGUGGCUGUUGACGGCAUUAUCUUUCCAUCAGAUUUGUAGACUCUCGUGAGAUGGCCGAGUCCUUCCCCUAUCGCACAAAGGCUCUCUUUGCUUUUGAAGAGAUAGAUGGCGUGGACGUCUGUUUCUUUGGCAUGCAUGUGCAGGAAUACGGUUGGGAUUGCCCACCCCCAAACACCAGGUACGUGGCAUUGCUUCCGGUGGGCUGUGGUUCUCCUUGCCUUGCCAAUGAGACACAUUUCCCUGAAUUUUGCCUUGGUUCCAUUUUUGUCUCUUUCUCCCCUUCUCGUCUGUCUUGUUCCCAGAAUCCAAAAAUUCUAAAUUUCUUUUUAUCCCAAGCCACACUUUUUCAUAAUUAUCUUUGUAAAUAUUUAUACUUUUUGCAGUUAACCAUAUCCCUAAAUAUUUUACUUUUUUAUGGACUUCUAUCUCAAUGCUUUGCUCCAACUCUUUUUUCUCUUCUUCCUUCAAAUCUUUUACUUAUAACUUAGUUUUCUUUCUAUUUAAUUUAAAUCCUGCCACUUCCCCAAAUUUUUGAAUCUUUUCUAUAACUCUAGGGAGAGAGUUUUUUGGAUCUUCUACUGUAAUCACUAAAUUAUCAGCAUAUGCUUUCAGUUUGAACUCACUUUUCCCAGUUUUUAUCCCACUGAUCUCUUUGUCUGCUCUUAUAUUUCUAGCAAGUACUUCCAGGACCAGGAUGAACAAAAGCGGUGAUAAUGGACAACCUUGUCUAGUUCCUUUUUGUAUCUUACAAUCAGCCGUUAUCACCUGAUUUACAAUAAAUUUAGCUUUUUGUUCUGAAUAUAUUGCUGGUAUUCCUUUUAAAAAAUUGGGUCCGCAAUUAAUUUCUUCAAGUAAUUUUGUCAUAAAAUUCCAAGAGACAUUGUCAAAUGCUUUUUCGGCAUCUAUAAACAUCAUUGCUGCUUUCUUUUCAUUUUUGACCUCCAGGUAUUCUAUUACAUUCAGAAUAUUUCUUAUAUUCUCUUUCAUUUGUCUACCUGGGAGGAAUCCUGCCUGAUCUUGAUGUAUAUACUCAUCUAAUAUUUUUUUCAUUCUAUUAGCUAAAAUAUUUGCAAAUAAUUUAUAAUCAUUAUUUAACAAUGAGAUGGGCCUAUAAUUUUUAAUUUGCAGUAAAUCUGAAUCUUGUUUUGGAAUUACUGUAAUAUAAGCCUCUUUCCAUGUUUCUGGAAUUUCACCUGUAUUUAAAAUCUCAUUCAUAACAUCUUUCAAUGGGUUUACCACUUGUUCACUUAAUUUUUUAUAGUACUUUGCCAUUAAUCCAUCUGGACCAGGAGACUUGCCAUUUUUUGUCCACUUUAUUGCCUCUAACACUUCUUGAACUGUUACUGGAGUGUUUAAGAUCACCAUUUGUUCCUCUUUUAUGUUUGGUAGAUUACUGCUUUUAAUAUAUUCCUCUAUUUUUAAAAAAAAAUUCCUUCCCUUUCCUGUAUAAAUCUGAGAAAUAUUUUACAAAUGCUGCUCUUAUUUCCUUCAGCUUAUCUGUGAUCAUUCCAUUUAUAUUAAUUUUAUUUAUGGAGAUCCUUUGUUCACUUUUCUUCAACUGCCACGCUAGCAGUUUUCCUGAUUUAUUGGCAUGCUCAAAAUAUUUUUGUUUCAUUCUUUUUAUUUUCCAGCUAAUUUCCUUAUUAACUAUCAUAGAAUAUUGUGUUUGUAAUAUUCUAAUUGCCUAUUUGACUGGCUCUUUAUUUGCUUUCUUUGACAAUUGUUUCUCCUUAUUCACAAUUUCAUCUAAAAUCUCUUUUUCCCUUUUUUCUUUCUAUUUUUUUUUAAAUGAGUUUUGUUGUAUAAACAGUCCCCUCCUUACCGCCUUACUUGCAUCGCAGAUCGUCUGCAAUUUUGUCUGUACUUGAGUGUUUGUUUCAAAAUAAUCACUCAAGGCAUUUUUAGCUUUUUCCAUAAAUUUUUGAUCAUCUAAUAAAUCUUCAUUCAGUCUCCAUCUGAAUGAAAUUUGGCUUUCUUUUUGUAUUUCCAUUGUCAAGGAAUUACGAUCUGAAAAUGUCCUGUGAUCUCAAUGUUUUUAACUCAAGGUUCCAACACUUUGGAUAUCCAGAAAGAGUCUAUUCUUGAACUACUAUCAUAAACAUUGCUAUAAUAAGUGAACUCUUUGUCAAACAGAUGUCUUGUUCUCCAUAUAUCUAUCAAAUUCAAAGUUUGAGCCAAAUCAAAAAAAGUCUUUGGUAAUCUACCUUCUUUUGUUUCUUUUUUCCUAGCUGAUCUUUCUUUUUCUAAUGAUGGGACUCCAUUUAAAUCUCCCAUUAAAAUCAUCUUUUGAUCUGCAAAUUCAAGUAAUUCUGUUUCCAGUUUUUUGAAAAAGACUGCUUUUUUCUCGUUGGGUGCAUAAAUUCCUACCAAGAUCACCUUCUCUCCCUGAAUUUUUAUUUGUAUUAUUAAAAUCCUACCUUUUUCAUCCUUCUGAAUCAUUUUGGGUUCUAGUGCAGGAUUAACAUAAAAAAUCACUCCUCUUUUUUUUGCUUUGUCCGCCGAAAUGAAGUCCAAGCCUCUAUUUGCCUAGACUGUGUCGUCCCUUAAGCGGACGACACGGAGCUCACCGCCAUUAACCUCCGCAGCGAACCGAAAGUCUCCUUCUCUUCUCUCUUGUUCCCAGAUAUCAAAAAUUUUGUUGCUUAGGUCUGCAUGCAAUUUAGCUCUGUCCACACGUUAAAAACACACAGCCUGAAAUUGUAGGUCAUUUGAAUUGUGAUGGCGAUGGGGCCCAGCAGGCAACCCUCCUUCCAACUCUGUCAUUUGGGGACAACCACGUAGCUGUCAAGCGCAACUCCACAAACUCUCUCUUCCCUUUUGUCACAGGCGUGUUUACAUCUCCUACUUAGAUAGCAUUCAUUUCUUCCGCCCAAGAUGCCUGCGAACUGCAGUCUAUCAUGAAAUCCUUAUUGGCUAUCUGGAAUACGUCAAGAAAUUGGGGUGAGUGUUUUGUUGUGGCGUCUUUGCAUCGGCACAUCGGGGGGGGGCUCUGCCUCAUUACGUGCUGCUUGCUCCUGCGUUGUGAAGUGGGGUCACCUUGUAUCUACGGGACCGCCUCUCCUGGUCUGCCCCACAGCGGACCUUAAGGUCCAUGAAUAACCAUAGUUUAGAAGUCCCGGGCCCUAAGGAAGUCAGACUAUCCUCCACCAGGGCCAGGACCUUCUCAGUGAUGGCUUCGACCUGGUGGAAUGCUCUGUCCCAUGGGACCAGGGCCCUGCAGGAUUUAACCUCCUUCUGCAGGGCCUGUAAGACAGAGCUAUUCCGCCUGGCUUUCAAUUUGAACUUAGCCUGAUCUUUUAUUCCCCUUCCUUCCUUCCCUCCCCUUCCCCUUUUUAUGAAGAUUACCCGCUCUGGGAUACCACAGCUAAUUCUCCCCUGGUCUCCUCACCGGCCCAAAUAGGACUAAUUUAGCCAGCUAGCCCUGGGGAUCAUCUAAUGUUUAUUGGAUGGAUUUCCCCCCUAAAUUGAUUCUUGAAUUCUGAAUUUAUUGUUAUUCACGUUUUAUACUGUCUUUUAUGCUGUUUUUUGUUGCAUCAAUUAAGUGUUUUAAAUUUGUUGUUAGCCGCCCUGAGCCCGGUUUUUUGAACUGGGAAGGGCAGGGUAUAAAUAAAAAAAUAUUAUUGUUAUUAUGAGGGCUUUUCAGUGCAAAAAAGUGUGUUGUCUGGUGCUCUGGCCACAAGGUCCCAUGCACUAGUUCUGGAAACAUUGCUGGUCUGCUUCAACUCUGAGCCACAGCAGAAACAGCUGCAGAAGCGGCCAGAUGUUGGAGCUCCCCCAGGUUGUGGUGGCUGAUGCAGGACACACUGGGAGAGGGAAGGUGGGGCAGAUGCGCUUUCCAAGCCUCCCUCUGGUCCUUGGAUGUUCCCGUUCGUGGGUGGUAAAAUACCUUCAGGUGUGGGCCCAAGGCAUCCCUGGGCAGUAAGUCCGAGAAAGCGCAGCCUUGUGACAUUGGCCUGCAAGUGAGCAGUUUCCCAGCAGAGGCCAUCCUGAGAUCCUGGGUGGGACAGUCCUUAACUUGGAUGCUUUUGCUUUUGUGCGGCGUCCAGGUACGUGACGGGCCACAUCUGGGCCUGCCCCCCAAGUGAGGGGGAUGAUUACAUCUUCCACUGCCACCCUCCUGACCAGAAAAUCCCCAAGCCCAAGCGCCUGCAGGAAUGGUACAAGAAGAUGCUGGACAAGGCCUUUGCGGAGAGGAUCAUUCAUGACUACAAGGUGAGGGGGACGGGGGGCUGGUUGCUGGGGCAGCUGGGAGGCAGGCGGGCCAGGCCUCUGAGAUUAAGGGUCAGCUCCUUCAGGCUAAGAUGGGGGUCGUUGUUUUUAAGCAUCCAUAUUAGAAAUUUAAAAAACAGCUAAUUUGGCAUCUUAGUAUUUUAGGGAAUUCCCUGUUUAGGGAAUUUUUAAAUGUUUGAUCAUGUUUUUAAAAUUUUGUUGGGAGCCGCCCAGAGUGGCUGGGGAAACCAGUCGCUGGGGUAUAAAUAAAUUAUCAUUGUCAUCAUCUAUUUAUUAUUAUUUAAAUGAAAAGGAGUUUUUAUUUUAGGACCUUCAGCACAGUGGCAUGUAUUUUUUUCACAAAUGCCUGGUGUGCAAUAGGCUUUGGCUGCAAUCCUAACCUCAUCUGCUGGGGAAUAAGGCCCGUUGAGCAGAGCAGACAUUCAAAAGAGAGUGAACAAGCUGGAAUGAGACACAGGAAAGAGCCUACAAGUACUAGGAACCAGGUUGCGCUAAAGGAGCCUCACCCUGUAGGAUCCUGGGCCUCUGCUGCAUCUGCUGGGGGUGUCAUCCUGUCCGCCAUCGUAACUAAGCCUCUCAUGGUGUUUUUGCAGGACAUCUUCAAGCAAGCAACGGAGGACCGGCUGACAAGUGCCAAGGAACUGCCUUACUUUGAGGGUGACUUUUGGCCCAACGUGCUGGAAGAGAGCAUUAAGGAGCUGGAACAAGAGGAGGAGGAGAGGAAGAAGGAGGAAAGCACAGCAGCCUGCGAAACAACGGAGGUGACUGGAGUCCUGAGCGCUGUGGGAGGCUGGGAGGUUUCUGCUGGUCUGCUUUGAAAUCAGGCCGCCUUGGCUCCUUGGGGUGGGCAGAAAUUCCGUGAGUGAGCAUGAUAACAGGUGCAUGUCAUUCUCCCAGCUCCAGAGCUGAUCAGAGAAUCCAGGGCAAGUUCUAGACUGGGGCAGCCCUUCCCUGGGAGGAGCCAAUGGGAUGUGCGGGGGCGGGACAUCCUGAAGCCUGAACAAAUCAGAAUGCCACCCUGCAAAAAGGGUGAUGAAGAAAUUCUUUUUACCUGGCUUUCCAGGGUGUGAGCUCCUCCUUAAAUUUGAUUAAAUGGGAAAUGGCAUUCUUCAGGCAGUUACUCCUGCCCCCGCCUCUAUUCAUUCAGAUCUCUGUCCCUCUUGAUUGCAAACCCUCCUGUUUCUCUAUGAGCGUGAGAUGCGCUGUGUCGUUCCCCCUCCUCCCCACGCCAUCAGGCGAAGGCUCCUUUGCCUGCCCUGGCAGGGGGAGGAGCUGCUGAGCCCCUUCUGUGUCCGCCUUGCAGGGGAGUCAGGGGGACAGCAAGAACGCCAAGAAGAAGAACAACAAGAAGACCAACAAGAACAAGAGCAGCAUCAGCAGAGCCAACAAGAAGAAGCCCACCCUGCCCAGCGUCUCCAAUGACCUCUCCCAGAAGCUGUAUGCCACCAUGGAGAAGCAUAAGGAGGUACCUGCAGACGCCCUUCCCUCUCUCUCUCCCUCCCUCCCUCCCUCCCUCUGCACUGGCUUGGGGCAUCCAUGGGAAGGCAGGCGGGGGGCUGUGAGGGGCAGGGAGCCCCUUCCCCAGGCCCCGCCUCGGAGGUGUCUUGGGCUCACCUGUCCCUUGGCCUGCGCACCUGCAGGUCUUUUUUGUCAUCCACCUGCACGCCGGGCCCGUCGUCAACACCUUGCCCCCCAUCGUGGAUCCAGACCCGAUGCUCAGCUGCGACCUGAUGGACGGCCGGGACGCCUUCCUCACCUUGGCCAGAGACAAGCACUGGGAGUUCUCCUCGCUGCGCCGCUCCAAGUGGUCCACACUCUGCAUGCUGGUGGAGCUGCACACGCAGGGCCAGGACCGCUUUGUCUACACCUGCAACGAGUGCAAGCACCACGUGGAGACCAGGUGGCACUGCACAGUCUGCGAGGUGAGCCCCUGCCGGCUGCUGGGGGGCACCUGCUGGCCAAAGGGCUCCAGGUUCCAGGGAUGGCAUCACAUCCUUCUUUGGGGAACGCAGUCGAGGGCAUGGACAGGAAGUGUGUUCUGCCUUCUGCGUGCUGUGGAGAGACUCUUCUGCCAGGCAAGGCAGCCUCUUUCUCCCAGUCGAGUAGGGAGGGGGCAGAGGCUUCCCAGAGAGCCUCUGGACAUUUUCAUUCCUGUUUUCUCAAUAGCAUUGCUUCGUAUGAAGCACUUUGAGCCUUUCUUCUCCCCCUCCCAGUCCUGCGCCUUGGGGCAUUUCCCUCAGGCCAGACGGCCUUCGCUUCCCCUUCCAGUGUCCUUGGCAAUUAACUGGGUGGCUCCUAUGACAAGUAUAGACAACCUGCUUUCUCAAGUUGCGUGUGUGGAAUGCUGUCUGUUUCAGGGGGACAGUUUUUGUUUUCAUGUUUUAAAAACUGACCACAAGCAACUACAUGUCACAAUUGUAUUUGGCUCUGAAGUCCAUAAAGUUGGCUCCCUUGGGAAGUUGUGGACUCUCUUCCUGGGAGGUUUUUAAGCAGAGCUUGGAUGGCCAUCUGUCAGGGAUGAUUUAGCUGAGAUUCCUGCUUUGCAGGGAGUCCCCCGGCAAUGGUCCUCAGGGUCCCCUCCAGCUCUACAACGCUAUGAUUCUAUGAAACAGCAUAAUUCCAUGAAAUAAAUGUGCCUCCUUGUCUAAAGGAUGUGCUUCUUGGUUGCUUUCAGCUGCAGGGCUGACUUUGGAACUCUCUUGGGUGGUUGGGAUGCGUGUCAACAUGGCUACAAGGCCAAGCUGGGAGUGGCCCAGCCUGGGACCCCAUGUUUGUGACGGAGGGGGUUUGAGGACCCCCAGGUCCCCUCAGCGGCGGUCUGGUCUCCCUGGUGUGUGUGCCCUGUUUGAGCUCUGACCUUUGCCUCCCUCUCCUCCGCUUGCAGGAUUACGACCUCUGCAUCAACUGCUACAACACCAAGAGCCACGAGCACAAGAUGGUGAAGUGGGGGCUGGGCCUGGACGACGAUGGCAACAGCCAGGGGGAGCAGCAGUCCAAGAGCCCCCAGGAGUCUCGCCGCCUCAGCAUCCAGCGCUGCAUCCAGUCCCUGGUGCACGCCUGCCAGUGCCGCAACGCCAACUGCUCGCUGCCGUCCUGCCAGAAGAUGAAGCGGGUGGUGCAGCACACCAAGGGCUGCAAGCGCAAGACCAACGGCGGCUGCCCCGUCUGCAAGCAGCUGAUCGCCCUGUGCUGCUACCACGCCAAGCACUGCCAGGAGAACAAGUGCCCCGUGCCCUUCUGCAUCAACAUCAAACACAAGCUCCGCCAGCAGCAGCUCCAGCACCGGCUGCAGCAGGCGCAGCUCAUCCGCCGCAGGAUGGCCACCAUGACCACCCGCAAUGUGCCUCAGCAAAGUUUGCCUUCUCCUACCUCAGCCACGCCGGGGACCCCCACGCAGCAGCCCAGCACCCCGCAGACGCCCCAGCCCCCGCCCCAGCCCUCGCCCGUCAACAUGUCGCCAGCCGGCUUCCCUCCCGGGGCAAGGACUCAGCCUCCGCCCCCCAUCUCCGCUGGCAAGGCUGCUCCCCAGGCCCCCCCGCCGCCCGCCCAGCCGCCCCCCGGAGCCGUGGAAGCGGCGCGCCAGAUCGAGAUUGAGGCGGCCCAGCAGCAGCAGCAGCAGCAGCAGCAGCUCUACCGGGUGAGCAGCAACGGCUUGCCUCCUGCCCGCGCAGGAAUGGGGAGCCCGGCUGUGGGCGCCGUGAACCCCCUGCAGGCGGCUGGCAUGAGCGUGCCCCGGCCCAGCUCUGUGAGCGGCCCCCUCAUGCCCAGCAUGCCAGCCGGGCAGUGGCAGGCAGCCCCCCUGGCCCCGCAGCAGCCCCUGCAGCCCGGCAUGCCCCGGCCAUCCCUGCCCCUCGCCACGCAGCAGGCAGGGCCCGGCCCCCGUAUGCCAGGCGUCCAGCAGCCCCCUCGCAGCAUCCCCCCCAACGCCGCUCUGCAGGAGCUGCUGCGGACUCUGAAGUCUCCCAGCUCCCCGCAGCAGCAGCAGCAGGUGCUCAACAUCCUGAAGUCCAACCCACAGCUCAUGGCGGCUUUCAUCAAGCAGAGAACAGCCAAGUACGUAGCAAACCAGCCUGGCAUCCAGCCCCAACCCCAGCCGGCCCUGCAGCAGCAGCAGCCGCCCCCGCCCCCGCCGCCCCCGCCGGCAGGCCUGCACCCUCCGACCGGCUUGCCGAACCUGAGCGCCCUGCAGGCAGGCGUCCAGCGGCCAGGCGUCCCACUGCAGCAGCCGGGAAUGGGGGGCCUGAGCCCCCAGGGCCAGCCCCUCAGCAUCAUGAACCCGGCCCACGGCGCUGGCAUGGCCAGCAUGAGCCCGCAGUACCGGGAGAUGAUCCGCAGGCAGUUGCUGCAGCAGCAGCAGCAGCAGCAGCAAGGAGGGGCCGGGCUGGCUGCACACGGCCAGUUCCCCCAGCCGCAGGGCCCGGGCGGAGGCUACUCGCAAGCCAUGCAGCAGCAGCAGCAGCAGCAGCAGCGGAUGCAGCAGCAGCACCUCUCCAUCCCGGCGGGGGGCCUGGGCCAAAUGGCCCCGAUGGGACAGCUGAACCAAAUGGGGGGGCAGCCCGGCCUUGGCGGGGCCGAGGGCAGCGCCAACAUCCAGCAGGCCCUGCAGCAGCGGAUCCUCCAGCAGCAGCAGAUGAAGCAGCAGAUGGGCUCCCCGGGGCAGCCCAACCCCAUGAGCCCCCAGCAGCAGCAGCAGCAGCAGCAGCACCUGCUCUCAGGACAGACGCAGCCGGCCCCCCACCUCCCUGGGGGGCAGCAGCAGCAGCUCAGCGCCUCCCUCAGCAGCCAGGUGCGGUCGCCCGCCCCGGUCCAGUCCCCGCGGCCCCAGUCGCAGCCGCCACAUUCCAGCCCGUCCCCCCGGAUCCAGCCCUCGCCGCACCACGCCUCCCCGCAGACUGGCUCCCCGCACCCGGGGCUGGGGGCCGUGGCGGCCCUGGCCGGCCCCCUGGACCAGCAGGGGCACCUGGGCACCCCCGAGCAGCAGAGCGCCAUGCUGCCCCAGCUCAACCCGCCCAACAGGAACGUGCUGCCCAGCGAGCUGUCCCUGGUGGGCGACACUACAGGGGGGGACACGCUGGAGAAGUUUGUGGAGGGCUUGUAGCGGCCGUCCUCCCCGGCCUGGACCUUCUGCUCCCCAAACACGGACCUCUCUGAGCUCGAGGGCAACUGGGAUGGGGCUGGUCUGUCCUGGACCCACCGGAGGAUGAAUUGCUGUUCAAAGACAAACAAAGAAUAUAUAAAUAUAUAUAUUUUUUGUUAAAGCCAGCCAGGUGUGGUUCAAAUAUCUGGUCUCUCUUUGUUGUUCUUGUUGUGGGGGGUUUUUGUUUGUUUUUUUAGUUGUUAACUGUUUGUUGACUUUGCUUUUUUAAAGGGGGAGAACAAGUCCAUUAUAGUCAUAUUUUUAUUUGUACUUUCAAGACUAAGCAUUUGUGUUUUAACAGAGAAGAACAAUAAUCUUCAGAAACGGAUUCCUCAAAUAAUGCCACAUUCUAAUGUGUCCUGCUCACUUUCUGGCAUUUGGCAGAAAGGGUUUUUUAAAAUUCUAUACUGAACUCUGCAGGUAUUUGAAGUAUUAUCGCCCCUGGAAAAGAUGAGAACGGACUCUCGUGCUCACACACACACAGACACACACACACACACACAGACAUACCUGUGUUGCAAUGUAGAAAUCGUUGCUUUGUUUCUCGGAUAAAAACUGGUUUUAGAUUUACAAAGAAAUGAAAUAAAAUAGGGAUGAUCACUUCUUAGGCCAUGCUAAUUUUAAUACAGAAGAAGCAUAUUCUUUUCUUUAAUUCAUCGAUGUGAAACUUGAAAUGAGGAAAAGCAAUUAUAGUGUAAAUCAUGCAAGUUCUAGAAUUACUAUAAAUAUGAAAAAUGCAAGAAGAUUCAAUCACUGUAUAGAAUGGGGGGGGAAACAAAACUCAUUUCUUACUUCUAUAGCAUAUUGUUAAAUAAACUGCAACAGACAAAAGGGUGGUCCUUCUUGAAUUCAUGUACAUGGUAUUAACUUAGUGUUUGGAUUUUUUGUUAUGAAAAAUGCUGUUUUCAACAUUGUAUUUGGACUAUGCAUGUCUUUUUCCAUUGUAUAUAAAGUAUUGCUUAAAAGUGAUAUAAAUUACUGAAGUUUUUAACAUGUAUUCUGUUCUUCAAAACCCAUGUAAGAAUGUUUAAGGUUUUUAUUUAUUUAUAUAUAUAUUUUGGAUCAUGUUCUUUGUAAGACAUGGCUAAUUAUUCACUCAUCACAUAGACCCAGCCAGCGGUACCUUGCAAACAGCAUAUCUGGUCUACAGAGCCCAUCUGUGUGUGCCUACGAAAGGGACAGAGAAGGGCAGCCAUAGGUUUCACAGUGGUUUAGUAUUUGGAGAUGUUCAUUCGUAAGUGUUAAGUGGAAUAAAAAAAAUAUCUUUGCUUUUUCUAAAAAUCAAAAACAUUAAUUUUGACAGAGACCACCAAUUGGGAGUUAAACAUCAACUUUAGGAUCCAGGAAAUUCACCCAAUACAAAUUCCUGAUUUGAAAACCAAGGGCAAAAUUCAGGGCUUUCUGUGCAGUAACUGAUGCAAGCAGCCCUCUUCCGUCUCCUCUUCGAUGAUGUUGGACAAGCCAGUAUCACUUGGGAGGCUGCUGCUGCGAGCCUCUUGCCUCAUCUGUAGAAUCCAAUUUUUUUGGCCAGGAAAUGGUUAUAAACAAGUUGCCUUUUUCAUGUGUUGAACAUCUGACUUGCUUGGUUUUGAACGUGAAAUACGUGCUUCCUUCUAUCUUUGUGUUGGAAUAGGAACCCAAACACACAAGUGUUUCCCAAUGCUAACUGCAGUCGUGUUGUCUCUGAUUUUCUAAACUGAACAUCUGCACACCAGACAGCUGGCGCUUUGGGUUCCUCUCCCUUGUAACAAUCUUCUUUCAGCAAGCAAGAUGUCCAGUCUGAGCUGUGGUCGGUGGGUACAACCCAAGACAUGUUUAAAAGGAUGGAAAGCCCUAAUGCUGUGUCAUAUUGUAUACGUAAAAAGAAAAGCAAAAACCUAUAUUUGUGAUCAAAAAGGAAGAAACUUGAAAUGUGCUGGUGUUUCUAAUAAAGCUGGU